AAGAAAGAGAAGAAGAAGGAGAAGAAGCGAGAGAAGGAGGCUCACAUUUCUGACGGAGAUGAGCAAGCACUGAGCAGAGAAGAUGGGUAAGGAGGGCAAUGUCACUUGUAGCUUUAUAUAGUGUUUCCUUACUUAGUCUUGCUUGUUGAAAAUUGUUGUUAUUAUUGACAAUUUUGCUGAGAUGAAGAACAUCCCCUCAUCCACCUGCUAGUGUAUUAAGUAUUAACAUGCAUGGUAAAGCAAAUAUAUUUCUGUUAGUAGGUUUGCAAUGGAGCACUUCUGAAUGUAUUUCUCCUGCUCCUCCAGUGAGAACUCCAGACUGGCAGCGGAGGUGUACAAAGACAUGCCGGAGAACAGCUUCACCAGGACCAUCUCCAACCCUGAGGUGGUGAUGAAGAGGAGGAGGCAGCAGAAACUGGAGAAGAGGAUGCAGGAGUUCCGCAGCAGCGAUGGCAGGCCAGACUCGGGUACACUCACCCUGGGACAGUCUGUCAAUUAAAAAUUUAAAUAUGUUAUUAAACUUUUAUUUGAAUGGACUAUAGCAGUGUGAGGACACGAGUGUGAGAGCCGAGCGUGUGUGUUUGUGUGUCUGUGUCAGAGCGAAGGCCAUUGUCUCUGGUUCUUGUCUAUGGCCAGUAGAGAACACCCUGUCACCAUACUGUAAGUACAUAAGGCCUGGACCAGUCAGAGCAGAGGGCUAAACCGCUUUAGCCAAUGUCCUCCGUGAACACCACACACUGUCUGGCACUGCCAGGCCUCACAUCCUGUUCCCUGUGGCUUACAGCCCUCUGCCAACCAUGGGAGGAACAGCAAGCUGCAACACAAAAAUGGAAGCAGGAGGGUUUUUUCAUCUUCCAUAGUUAGUGACGUAUAAAAAAUAAAUAAAUGGUCCUCUGACCUCUGCAUCCCAAAGCUUUUUUGGUCAAGUGGUUAAGGUGGCAUAACUUUUUUUUAAAGGCGUUCAUCUCGUAGUGUUUAGAAGAACUAAAAACAUUGUUUUGAAUCUAGGGUAAUCUAAUCCUAGAUCUGUGGUUAGGGGCAACUGUCUACCUCCAGACACUUCUUUGCCCGGACCUUCUCCUUUUGAGUGAUGUCCAGACCUCAGAGGUUAUGUAAUCUGGAGGCCUGGACCAUAAGCCCUCUGGUCUGGUCAGCCUAUGCCUGUUCACUCCCAGCUAAAUUCCCCUCUCUCUGGCACGGAUAGAGACCUUUAUCCAAGUUCCUCCUCAUAUUUCCUCUCUAUCUAGUCCCAGUCCAGAGGAUAAAUAUCUCAAUCAGAUUAUCCUAAUCCAAAGAAUAUGCUCACAUGUGUCUGCAGGCCUGCUGUUUGUCUAACUCCAACUCCUGUUUCUGUCUCUUAGGGGGGACGUUGAGGAUCUAUGCAGACAGUCUGAAACCCAACAUCCCCUAUAAGACCAUCCUGCUGUCCACGACAGACAUGGCAGACUUUGCUGUGGUGGAGGCUCUGGAGAAGUACGGCUUGGAGAAGGAGAUCCCCCGGGAGUACUGCAUCGCCAGGGUAAGAGUCAACACACCACUCCAUUCAAACACAACUAGAUGUUACUCUACCCCAUUCGAAGCCAACCUUGGUCCUGGAGAGUUACAGGGUGUUCGGGCUUUUAUUCCAACCCAGCACCAACCCACCUGAUUCAGCUCGUCACACCCUAGAUGAGCAGUUUAUUAGUUAAAUCAUGGGUGUUACUGUUGGGACAAAAUCCUUGCACACCCUGUAGCUCUCCAGGACCAGGGUUGGUGAGCACUCCUCCAUAUUAGCCUCACGUACCAAGCUUCUAGAUCCCUCAAACUCAACUCUGGACCUCGAAGCCAGUUCCACUGCAUUCUUUCAUUUUCCCCCUCUAAUCAGGGACGGAUUUAGACCUGGGACAUCAGGUGUGUGCAAUUAAUUAUUAGGUAGAACAGAAAACUAGCAGGCUCCGGACCUCGUAGAGUAAGAGUUGAGUACUCCUGUUCUAGAUAUUACUGUACACCAGUGGUAUUCAAAGUCGGGUUCGUGACCCCUAGUGGGGUCGGGGGGUUAACUGCAGUGGGGUUAUGUAAAUUAUAUUUUUCUGUAUUUCAUUUUCAAUAUUUGCAAACAUAUCUAAAAAUAUGUUUUCACUUUGUCAUUAUGGGGUAUUGUUUGUAGAUGGGUGAGAAAAUAAAUCAAUUUAAUCAAUUUUGAAUUCAGGCUGUAACACAACAAAAUGUGGAAUAAGCCUAGGGGUAUGAAUACUUCCUGAAGGUACUGUACAUAUGCCACACAAGGGCAGCUUAGGUCAUCCUUGUGUAACACACACACACAUGUUGUCCUAUUUAGAAAAUGGAGGUGUGAGUAAUGAAUAAAUGUUUGCUGUAUUUCCCCUCCAUUUGUCUCCGGGGUGAACUAGAGGACAGGGUGGGUGUGGCCGGGCCACAUUUUAAGCUGAUUUAAUGUUUCCGUGGUAACUGGCCUUGGUCCUAGUUAAACCCUACAUAAAGUAUUUCAUCAGCCGGCUGCACACUCUCUCUGUGUGUGUGUGUGUGUGUGUGUCUCUCUCACUUACUCCCGCUCUCUUUUACUCCCUCUCUCCUUUCCUUCAUCCAUCUCUCUCGCCCUCCUUUCUCCGCAUCUCCCAUCUGGCUGGCCACACUCCUCCCAGUUGUCUGACAGAUUAAAGCAGGAAGGGGUCUGUUGGCAAGGCCUCUGUUUGAUAGUAAUUGAAUUGCAUUUCUCCAAAGUGCCAGGCCAGCAGAUGUGAUGCUGUGUGUGCGCGUGCAUGUUUGUGUGUGUGUCAGCACGUGGUGUGUGUGGGGUUGCCGGGUAGGGAUAGCAGAGCAGCAGCAGCAUGGCUGGCCUAAUAUCUCCUGUCAUCGUGUAACAAACAUCUCCACGCUACAGCGAAGACCUUUGCCGCCUCACAUCCCUGCUGCCUGACAGCCUCAGUCACAGCCAAUCACAUUAAAAGCCUUCAGUCCCCCCCCCCCCCUUCCCUCCAUUCCUCCAUCCGCCUCUCAUUUCUACAUCUGAGUCAUUAAAAAAUGAAACAUAAAAAUGCUGCGAUCCGACAUGGAAAGUGCAUUUGCCUCGCCAGCGUCUUGUGUUUGACAGGUUGGAUAGGUCAUUACUACAGCCAGAGUGAGUGGAGAGUAGGAGGGAUAGAGGGCAUGGACAGAAAUAGAGAGAGAGGUUAUGUCUGGUGCAUGAGGGAGACAUUCUUUGGGAAAGGGAGAGCAGCCAGCGAUUGACUAACAUGCUAAUAUGCAAUAAUCGUGUUAUAAAGGCAGGUUUGGAACACCUCCUAUAUGACCCCUAUAUACAUUAUAAUUGAGCAUUAUGAGGUAUUCUAUGAAUUAUUGUUUUGUCUGAUGUUGACUUGGAAUGUGCUGUGGAAUAUGUGAUUGUUUCAUGGGUGUGGUUGUGUUUUGUGGUUCUGCAGCACACAGAUGACAAGUCUGGGAAGGAGAUCAUCCUGGACGAUACGGAGUGUCCUCUUCAGAUCUUCAGAGACUGGCCCAACGACAGAGGUAGGACACCAUAGCACUAUGGGCCCCAAUCAUACCUUCAGAUCCCGCUUGUAACUCAAGUUUUCCUGCACCUCUUCCAUUGAUAGCAAUGCAUGAUUUACACACAGCCAAAAGCUAGUUUUAACUAACAGUGAAUCUACACUGAGCAAAAAUACAAACGCAUCAUGUAAAGUGUUGGUCCCAUGUUUCAUGAGCUGAAAUAAAAGAUCCCAGAAAUUUUCUUUCCGGUUUUGUGCACAAAUUUGUUUUACAUCCCUGUUAGUGAGCAUUUUGCCUUUGCCAAGAUAAUCCAUCCACCUAACAGGUGUGACAUAUCAAGAAGCUGAUUAAACGCCAUGAUUAUUACACAGUUGCACCUUGUGCUGGGGACAAUAAAAGGCCACUCUAAAAUGUGCAGUUUUGUCACACAACACAAUCCUACAGAUGUCUCAUGUUUUGAGGGAGCGUGCAAUUGGCAUUCUGACUGCAGGAAUGUCCACCAGAGCAUGUUCAGUAUAGUCAGUCCAUUGUUAGUAAGCAUUGUAUUGUUUUUAUCUGAAAUCCCCUGUCUAUAAUGCCCUCUCCUGUUAGCUCUGGUUCAUAACGCAGCUCCAUGUGUUUCAGGGGCCCUAGUGUUCCAGCUGAAGAAGAGACCUCCAGACUACGUGUCUAAGAAGGACAAGGGCCCCAGAGGGAAGGGCAUGGAUGGGCCCCUGCAUGGGUCUAUACCCCCAGAGAAACUGCCUUACCUGGUGGAGCUCAGCCCAGGUGCGUCACACACAGACCCACACGCACUGCAGAUCACAUGUAUAUACAGACACACACACUCUUGAACAAGAACAUACACACACAUUCCCAGCCGACGCAAAUGCUGGCCUGUACUGAACUGCAGUAUGUAAGUCAGAGUUAAUUCUACUCACAUAGCUAACAGAACAGUAUAAUCGCUGUGUGAUUGUGCACUGACAUUCACACACCAGUGGAGGCAAUAUGGACCAAACCUCCUGAUGCCCUGAGAACUCUCUAGUCUCUUCUAACAAGGUGAGUGAGUGGGCCCUAGAAGCAUCUCCUGCCCAGUCGACUGUACCUAGGCUUGGUCGAUAUCCAGAUUUUCAUGUCUCUCAUCCCGGGAUUUACUGUAUUAUUGGCAUGGCACACAAGGGGCGCUAAAAGCGCAAGAAAAGCCUGUUUGUGCCUCUAUUACCAGAAUGCUAACAAAAUUAGCACCAACUAACAACAAAAUCACAUAGAAGCUGUUAGCUAAAUGCUAACGAGCGCAAACGAACAUAAAAUAAUUGCAAGAGGGACAAAUCCAGCUCAUAAAGUUAUACAAGCGUAGCUACCGAAUCAUUUUCGGUGUGUGGACAUUUACAAGCAAAAGUGAACGAGACAAAUUGUGCAAAUGAACAAAGUUGUGAUGCAUGCUUUUCUAAAGGAAGAGCAGCAUAUAUACACGGAGCAGAGGGGAGAAGAACAGAGUAGAGGAAAAAACACUAGUAUGAAGCACAGGAAGAAAAUGGCAGCUGUACAGAUACCUUAUCCAGAGCUUACCUUAUCCAGAGCUUUUUGCAUAGAAGUGGAACUUCAUCACCUUGUGUGCCGCACAACAGAGACUCACCGAUAAAUGGAUCUCAUCAUUAGGGGCCGCAGUGUCUCGGGUCUGGGUACCCACAUCCAUCCCCCCACCUUGCAGGCAAAACAUUUUAGCCCCCCCCCGCGUAACAGCGAAGAUAACAUUUUAAGGUAAUUUCCUACAAUUCUACACAUUUUGCCAUAGGGUGGAGGCAAAUCUUUGCUGUUUUUAAUAUAACUAAUGAUCAGUGGGCCCCAUCCUGGUCGGUAAUUUAACCAUGCUUACUACAAGUUUAGAUAGCUGGUCGAUAGACUAACUUACCAAUCCCCCCCAAAAAAUAGCUGACAUGGGCUAAUUGACUGACUGCUGAUGCACAACCAAAUUUCGAAAUUGCACCAGUGUUGAGACCCCGACUGAGUCCCUCUCCCCCAACAAAAGGCGUGGGCCACCAGUUGCCCAUCCCUGGCCUAGGUGUUGUGUCCAGUACGAUGGUCAGUCCUCACUGAUGGGCUGACCCUAACAGCUGCUUGUUCCACUGACCCCCUGUCGUUCUCUCCUCUCUCCUCUCCUCUCCUCUCCUCUCCUCUUCUCUCCAACCUUACGACCUUGCAGUGCACUAACCCUGUCUCUCAGAACCAUUUUUAACCUCCUCAGGGAUUUCAUUAUUUCUUAAAACAUUUGAAGGUUUGCAUACAUUGACACAAAAGAGCGUGUCUCCCAGGCAUGGGUUCUCUGCUCUUUCUGCAGGAAAGGGAUUCAAGGCGUGUGGAGGGUUUAGGUGAAAGCUGUGUGUUAGUGUGGAUUCUGGAGUGUGUUUAUUAGGUAUUAUUACUGUGUGUGUGAGGCGAAGAAGGGUGCUGCAUUUUCUCCUUGGUGCAACAUUUACACGCCCUGCUGUCUUCUCUCUCCUGGCUUCCUGUGGUGUGUUCUGUCUGUCCCUACUACCUACUGCUGUGUCUUACUGCUGUGUCUUACUGCUGUGUCUUACUGCUGUGUCUUACUGCUGUGUCUUACUGCUGUGUCUUACUGCUGCUGCCUCCUCUGCAUGUCUGCUCACCUAGGGAGGGGGAAUCACUAUGGUUACUACGCCUUUCGGCACCACGAAGGUAAACCUACCUACCUACCACCCACGCCUCUCCUCCACUCCUCUCCACUCCACCACCAGACCCAUCUACUGCUGUGUUUCUCUGGAUAUAAGUUGACUUGUGGUAGAACUUGCCCUUACGUACAGAUCUAGGAUCAGAUUACCCUGAAGAUGAUUGAUUAUUCUAGUUUUGACCAUUACAGUGAUGGCAAAAGAUCUGACCCUGUAUCAGUGGUUAGGUGUUAGGGUCAACUCCUACCCACAGAAGUUGCGCUUUGGUACAGAUCUAGGAUCAGCUUCUCCACCCCAAAUGCUGACCAUAACAAUUCCGUGAAAUUAAACCUUGGAUCAUUGUCUGUGGGCAACUAAAUGCUACUGGCCUGAAUGCCUUUUUGUUCUGUGGCUCAGCCAAUCAGAGCAGGGCCUCACUAUCUAGGACGGGACCUUAAGUCAACUCCACUGCACUAAGCCACGUUUAGGGCCCCUGCCAGACAUUAUUGAGCUUAGCAAUAGCAAGUGCUUUUUGCAAAUGAGGAUUUUCGCAAAAAGCAUAGGAUUUUCAGAAGAGACAUGUUUUUCCCAGACUUGUUAACUAAUUUGCUGCUUUGCUUUUACUAAAAUAUGUUUCUACUAAUCAAAAUGAACAGAUGAUCUGGUCUACUUGUAGUUAUGACAACCUGGUUGUGUAUGUCUAUCUCCCCUCUAUUAUAUGUAUUUUGUGUGUGAAGUGUACGACUCUGUCAUGUGUUGGUCAAAAUCUCCCUCUGUGCUGUAAUGGUGUAGUGAGUGUGUCCGUGUGUGUAGGGAGUGUGUCCCUCCCUGUGUGUGUGUGUAGUGAGUGUGUCCGUGUGUGUAGGGAGUGUGUCCCUCCCUGUGUGUAGUGUGUGUGUGUGCGCGUGUCCCUCCCUGUGUGUAGUGUGUGUGUGUGCGCGUGUCCCUCCCUGUGUGUAGUGUGUGUGUCCCUCCCUUUGUGUGUAGUGAGUGUGUGUGUGUGUGUGUGUGUCCCUCUCAGUGUGUAGUGAGUGUGUGUGUGUCCCUCUCAGUGUGUAGUGAGUGUGUGUCCCACCCUGUGUGUAGUGAGUGUGUCCCUCCAUAUUGUGAGUAGUGACUAUCUCCUGGUCUCCACUAUAGACGGCUCAGACUCCAGGGACAAACCAAAGCUCUACCGCCUGCAGCACAGUGUCACUGAGGUGGGCUCAGACAUUACAGACGACGGCUCCAUCCAGGUAAGGACCUGCCUUUCUUCUGUGUUUGUGUGAAUGGUCACAUGCUACAUUGAUAUAGCCGUAAAUUACUAUCAUAGACUGGACUGCAAGUUAGCUGAGCUAAAGGUUUAGUAAAACUGAGUGUCUCCCCCUCUACUCCCUCCAGCUGUUUGGUCCAGGUAUUCUGCCCCACCACUGUAACCUGAUGCACACUGAGGGCCUGGUGACGGUGACGCCACACAGUCUGGAGGCUGAAACCUACGUGGAUGGCCAGCGUGUCACCGAGACCACCGUGCUGCGAAGCGGAGCCACACUGCAGUUCGGAGCCUCGCACGUCUUCAAGUUUGUGGACCCCAGCUACGACCACAGCAUGGGCAAGGGAGGGCCCGGACCAAUGAUGAGAGGCAGGCACAAGUCAGGGUAGGUGGGGGGAGGGAACUCAUAAACACACACUGUGGCCGCGGGAAGAUUUGGAUUUUAUUUAUUAGGAUCCCCAACAUAACGAAAAAUACAUUACAGACAAACUACUUUACAAUUUACAUACAUUUUAAAAACAUUAACAUGUAGUGUGUGUGUGUGUGUGUGUGUGUGUGCGCAUCUAUCAGUUACACAUAUAUGUCAGGACAUACACACAACAAGUAGGUCACAUGGGGAGAGGCGUUGUGCCCUGAGGUGUUGCUUUAUUUGUAAUUUUUUAACCAGGUUUGCUGUUCACUUGUGCUAUAUGAGAUGGAAGGGAGUACCAUGCACUCAUGGCUCUGUGUAAUACUGUACAUUUUCCUUGAAUUUGUUCUGGACCUGGGGACUUUGAAAAGACCCCUGGUGGUAAGUGUGUGUGUCAGUGCUGUGUGUAAGUUGACUAUGCAGAAAUGUUGGAAUUUCCAACACAUUGUUUCUUAUAAAAACAAGAAGUGACGCAGUCAGUCUUUCCUCAACUCUUAGCCAAGACAGACUGGCAUGCAUAGCAUUUAUAUUAGCCCUCUGAUUACAAUGAAGAGCAAGACAUGCCACUCUGUUCUAGGCCAGCUGCAGUUUAACUAGGUCUUUCUUUGCAGCACUUGACCAUAUAGACUGGACAAUAAUCACAAUAAAUAAAACUAGAGCCUGCAGCACUUGCUUUGUGGAAUGUGGUGUCAAAAAAGCAGAGCAUCUCUUUACUACGGACAGACAUCUCCCCAUCUCUACAAGCAAGAUGUUUUCGGUUGGGGGGGGGGCGUUAUUUUAUUUAUUUUUAGGGGGAGCUGCAGCACCCUCAGCCCCUUUACUUCCAUGGCUUUGACACACACUUGCGCUGGCCUACAAAUGUAAACACAUUUGGAAGGUUAGCUCGCCCAUCCCAUUGGUGAUGACAGGAAUGGCUUUGAAUGGGGACAGGAAGCAGUGGAGAACUGCUGAAACCAGUGUCAUCAGUCCCAGGAUGCAUCUCUCAGCUGCCUGACUGAACAGCACAAUGGUGGCUCUCAUCUGUGUUCUGAACACACCAUGACAGCACAGCUUCCUGUUUACACAUGCCUGCCAGCCACCAGAGAUGACAUCAUGUGCAUCCCUAUUGGAACCUUAUUCCCUAUAUAGUGCACUACUUUUGACUAGGGCCCUGGUCAAACUAAUGCACUAUAAAGGGUAUUGAGUGCCAUUUGAGACGCAGACGUCUUCUCCCUGUAAUAACCCAGCCAUGGCCUACCUGCUAGUCAUUUUGGUCUAGAACCCUGUGGCCUCAGUACACCUUAGUGCAAGAGAUUUCUUCUGAUAGUUGAAUCUUUAGUCAGAGCCUAUAUCCUGUCAGCUAUCCUAUCCACCUCUCUGGCGCAGGCUUUACGUCAGUGCUGCUGAAUUCCAUUUGCAGGAUUCGAACCUUCUCAAGGGUGUUAGUUUGUGUGUGUGUGUGUGUGAGAGAGACUCGUUCCCUGUGGGUGGGAUGUGACUCCAGUCCUGUAGUUGACCACAUCGCUGCCGUGAAAACAGAUGCCACAUGGGCGGGAGGGGGAGGUGCCAUCUGGGCGCUGCAGGUUUAGCUCUAAUUUAACUCUGGCUGCAGAUGGAAGGGGAGAGAGGGAGCAAAAAAGAGAGGGAGGUAAGGAGAGCGUGGGGGAAAAGAGCGAGGAGGUAGGGAGAGGGUAUCAGAGGGACAUAAAGGGAGGGGAGAGAGGGAGCGGAAGUGCCAGAAUUAAAAAAGAGAGAGUGCAAGAGGGUGAAGAGGUAGCAAGAGAGUUUGGUUAUGGCAGGCGAGGGACUGACAGGCUGGGGCUGUUGUAAGGACACUAAUCUGAUCAGUGUGGGCUGGCAGGCUGGCAGGCUGGCUGGCUGGCUGGCUGGCUGGCUGGGGUGUGGCCUGCAGUGCUGUGUCAUUGACGAGGCAGGGAGGACCAGUAACCUGGCACACACACACACUCACACACACAUACAAACACGCACUCAGAUCACUGCUGCAGCCUCCUCUGCUCACUACACACACUACUCCAACCAGAGGGAGAGAACAGCACGGCGGGUACAGGACGGGGACAGUUCCAGUGUGUCCUACACUGCCAGGUGAGACCGAGUAGGGUCUUUCUAUGGUUAGACAGUUGUAGGGCAGGGGAUCUAGGCUACUUCUCACAGAGGAGAAUGUGUAGCAUAUGUGGAUUAUGGCUGGAUAGGAGGUCUGUAGUAGAUGACUGGAUAAUGACCUUCUAGGCUCUCAUUGACAGUAGUUGUAUGAGGAUUCAUAAGAAGAUUACUAUAUUAGCAUGAUGUUGUCAGUCGUUAGGCUUCCAGAGUGCAUUUAGUGAGCGGAGACUGCCUGACUGACUGUGGACUGUGUUGUUGAUGUAGAUCCAGUAAUUAGAGGGUCAUUCACUCGGUGUAUAUCUGGGCUUUAGUCUAAUGACAGAAUCCCCAUGAUUUUAAUUUGACCAGGCACGUUGACUUAAUGUAUAACAUUUGGACUGAACGAUGGGCUGGUUAAUUUAUUAAUGUUUGUGGAUGUAGUGGAAAGCCUUAAUCCGCCGUUAAUGCUGUGGCCUGAUGUUAGAGAGGAUGACAUCUGGGUGGGAGAGGAGCGAGGGAACGAGGGAGUGGAAGAACGGAGAGGUGAAAAGAGCGAAUAGAUGAAAGGACUUCAGCUUUCGGGACAGUUCUGGUGGAUUUCUUGCUAGUUCUACAUGGGACUCGUAUGUUUGCAAUGGGACCUCAUGCUUGCAUCCAAUAAUUCCAUUGCUUUGAACAGCAAUGGAAAUCAAAUGACCCCAUAGUCUGAGUUUGAACUAUGUAUGGAACUUUGUUGUGAUUGAAAAAACUUUUGACUGAUUGAGUAGUUACGCUGAACCAGUCCCCUCUGGUCAAUAACACAGCUUUCAGUAAGAGAUGCUACAGUCACAUGUUACCCUCCGGGUAGACUGGAUGGCUAUACUGUAGAGAUCAGGAUGUGUGUCCCCUCUUGUCAUGGGGCAGCAUAUGAAGUACUAAGUCCUUUUCUUUAGAACAGACAGCUCUCAUACACAGCCACACUGUAUGACUCUGGGCCUGUCAUUGCAUGUCACCACUAAUGUGGUUAACUGGAUUCAAUUAAAAUGUAGCUAUGGGGUAUAUUUAGCUACACAUGUGUUCUAGUCACUCAUUUGCAGUGACGGCUUGCACCGUCGGCCCCCGUGUAGCUCAGUUGGUAGAGCAUGGCGCUUGCAACGCCAGGGUUGUGGGUUCGAAUCUCAGGGGGGCCAGUAUGAAAAUGUAUGCACUCAUUAACUGUAAGUCACUCUGGAUAAGAGCGUCUGCUAAAUGACUCAAAUGUAAAAUAAUGCCAAUGGAAGGGAAUUUCUGGGAUUCUGUUGACUGUCCCAGUCCUAACAUGGGUGGCGGAGUGUGUGUGUACAUAUAUAUGUGGCUGUAAAUAAGACAGACUGUGUGUGUGGGUGUUCCUGUAUAUGAGACUGUGUGUCUGUCUGUCUGUCUCUGUGUGUGCGCGCCUGGUAUGUGUGCGUGGUGCUGUGGAUUAUGUCUGAGCUCCUGUCAUUCAUUCCCAGUAAUGAAAGUCCCUCCUGCGCUGCCUGGGGGAUGUUCUGUUCCUGAUUAUAUUGUCUCUCUCUCUCUGUCCCUUUCUCGGUCCCUCUGUCUCUGUCCCGCUCUCUCUCUCUUUCUAUCUCUCUUGUUCUGUCCAUCUGUCACGCAGAAGUGUUCCUGAGACGUCCUUUGACCUGCAAGGGGACCUCCACAGUGGGACGACCCUCCCCACCAGCAAGGUACAGUAACUCCGCCUCCAUGUCAAUGUUUGUCCCUUGGUACUCUCUGCACUACUUGUGUGUUUUUUUUAAUAAAUGUGAUUGCGGUCAGAGUGUUUCAUAUGUUUGUGUAAUUGGUGUGUUUUGAGGGAUCUUAAAGCCAUCAUCAUUAUCGUUGGGCUGCAGAACAUUCGACCAUGAUGUGUGUUGCUGUGUUAUUGCAGAGCUCAGCGAAGCUGGAUAUGGAGCGUUCAGCCAACGGCAGCGAGAGAGGCAUGGUCAAACCCAUGAUCCGCGGGGAGCAGCAGGACAGCAGGUGAGACACACACAUCUGGAAUCUCCACUGUAGUCAAUUCAGUCCAAACAGUUAAAGCUAGGUCAGCUGCUACUAGAGACAGCAUCUAUGUGUUUACUGUGGUGCUGCCUAGAGAGCAGGUAACGUCAUAACUCUGUCACGCUACAGUCCCCUUCCCUGUCAGACACACGAUCUCCAUCCAUGCCUUGCGAGUCAGGGGAAACCCGAACCUCACUGAGCUGUACUGGGUCCCUUCAUCAAUAAUACAGACCGCUGGGCCUGAUGCGCACACACACACACACACACACACACACACACUCUCGUACAUGGUGUACACACAUACGGCUGCUCACUCUGACGCACAGGGAAGCUCAUGCUCUCACACACCGAUGGACGCUCACACACACACAUACAUACACUACCGUUCAAAAGUUUGGGGUCACUUAGAAAUGUCCUUGUUUUCUAAAGAAAAGCAAAUUUUUUGUCAAUUAAAAUAACAUCAAAUUGAUCAGAAAUACAGUGCAGACAUUGAUAAUGUUGUAAAUUGCUAUUGGAGCUGGAAACGGCUGAUUUUUUAUGGAAUAUCUAUAUAGGCGUACAGAGGCCCAUUAUCAGAAACCAUCAGUCCUGUGUUCCAAUGGCAUGUUGUGUUUGCUAAUCCAAGUUGAUCAUUUUAAAAGGCUAAUUGAUCAUUAGAAAACCCUUUUGCAAUUAUGUUAGCACAGCUGAAAACUGUUGUGCUGAUUAAAGAAGCAAUAAAACUGGCCUUCUUGACACUAGUUGAGUAUCUGGAGUAUCUCACUGGCCAAUAAAAAUAAAAGAUUAAGAUGGGCAGUCUGAGAUAUGGCUUUUUAUUUGCAACUCUGCCUAGAAGGUCAGCAUCCCGGAGUCGCCUCUUCGCUGUUGACGUUGAGACUGGUGUUUUGCGGGUACUAUUUAAUGAAGCUGCCAGUUGAGGACCUGUGAGGCGCCUGUUUCUCAAACUAGACACUCUAAUGUAUUGGUCCUCUUGCUCAGUUGUGCACCGGGGCCUCCCACUCCUCUUUCUAUUCUGGUUAGAGCCAGUUUGCGCUGUUCUGUGAAGGGAGUAGUACACAGCGUUGUACGAGAUCUUCAGUUUCUUGGCAAUUUCUUGCAUGGAAUAGCCUUCAUUUCUCAGAACAAGAAUAGACUGACGAGUUUCAGAAGAAAGGUCUUUGUUUCUGGCCAUUUUGAGCCUGUAAUCGAACCCACAAUUGCUGAUGCUCCAGAUACUCAACUAGUCUCAAGAAGGCCAGUUUUAUUGCUUCUUUAAUCAGCACAACAGUUUUCAGCUGUGCUAACAUAAUUGCAAAGGGUUUUCUAAUGAUCAAUUAGCCUUUUAAAAUGAUCAACUUGGAUUAGCAAACACAACGUGCCGUUGGAACACAGGACUGAUGGUUGCUGAUAGGGCCUCUGUACGCCUAUGUAGAUAUUCCAUAAAAAAUCAGCCGUUUUCAGCUACAAUAGCCAUUUACAACAUUUACAAUGUCUACACUGUAUUUCUGAUCAAUUUGAUGUUAUUUUAAUGGACAAAAGAAAUUGCUUUUCUUUCGAAAACAAGGACAUUUCUAAGUGACCCAAACUUUUGAACGGUAGUGCACACACACACACACACACCCAGAGCAGACUGGCACAAUGCUGUACCAGCAUGCGCAGGCCCUGCCUCUGGAGAGGUGUGCGUCGGUGGACAGUGGGGUGAGCGGGCCCUACGUGUGCUGGUUUACUGAGAGCCUCUGUCCUCCCCGCAGGUCCCAGGACAGCCUGAGCCCAGAACUGACGCUGCCGGCCAGCAUAGAGUUCAGGGACAACUGUGAGUACUGCAACCACCUUCUCUACUGGAGUUGAGUACUGGCUCUCUCUUUAUCGUUCCUUCUCACACUCUUUCUUUUUCUUUGUUUCUAGCUGUUUCUCUUCUCUCAUUCUUUUUCUAUAUCUCUCUCUCUCUCUUUAUACUUGGUGUGUAGGCUGUCCACCAUUCACAUUACACAUACAGCUGCGUAAAGUGACAGUUAAAUUGACAGUGUCUAACGAUCAUGAUGUACUAACUCAUCUAUACUAUGUGUUCUUGAGCGAACAGUACAAAGUAUAGACUGUUCUUCUUCACACACAACUGAACCCCGGGACCACCCAUACGUAAAAAUAUAUGCGUCUGCUAAAUGGCAUAUUAUUAUUAUUAUUAUAGUUCAGUAAAAGUGUGAAGUAAUGAUAACAUAUCUAGAUAGGGGCCAUCCACACCAUCUGAGCGACACUAUCAGUAUUAUUUAUUUAUUAUUUAUUAUUUUAAACUGGAGGUCUUGCCAUAGUGAACUUAGCUAGUGUCUGAAAGAUCAAAGUAUUGACUCAUUAUCUGCAAGCUGCCGCCAACUGGCUUUUAAUGUUGUCCACUGCCCCUAGUGUUUUUAUUGAACACAGUCAUGUUAAAAUUGACUGAAAUGUUAUGUAAAAAUACACACAGUUAGACCUUAGUACCAUAGAGGUCAUAUCUGUAUGAAUGUCGACAUUAAUUAGUCAAGCUGUGAAAAUAGCAGGUGGUAGCAUGCAGGGCUCUCGCUCUCGCUGUCUCUCUCUCGCUCUCUUUCUCUCUCUCUCUCUCCCUCUCCCUCGCUCUCGCUCUCUCUCCCUCGCUCCUUCUCCCUCUCUCCAUUUCUCUCUCUCGCGCUCUCUCUCUUGAUCGAGCGAUUGAUUGAUUACCUUCUAAUCAAUAGGGAGCUAAACACCAGUCAAUUCUGUGAAUGAAAUGCAAUGAUUCUCCCAUGAACACACACUGAAUGUACUCCUCUACUUCUGACAUGUGUGAUGGGCUCUCCCACUCCCCCUUUGGCAUAGCUUUAUUGGUUUAAGCCAUUUUAACUGCCUUUCAAGCCCUUUUAUAUGCAGAACCUUGUUUGUGGACUCUGCAGUCUUGGGCCCGGGUCAAGUCAGUCACUGUAUUUGGAGUUGUGUGAGCUCAUGUGUUUGACCAGGGAGCAGAGAGAGCAGAAGCCUUUGAUUUCCAAUAGAGGGGGUUUGCUCUCUCACAUUGCACUACAAACAGCCCCUGCUGGGGAACCAGGAAGCCAGGGUUGGGGACAAUGUUAUCACAAGGCCCAUCUGAGUCCCUACUCUAACACACAAACACGCACACAGAGAGACUCCUGUAGCUAGUUAGUUUCUCAAAAGCAGGACUGACCAUCUUCCAGUGACUUAUGUCAUGUGAACUCACACCGCACCGUUUGCGUGUCACCCACCAUGCACCCUCCAGCCGAAGAUACCUUCCUGUCGGCCAUCAUCAACUACACCAACAGCUCCACGGUGCACUUCAAGCUGUCCCCCACCUACGUGCUGUACAUGACCUGUCGCUACGUCAUGUCCAGCCACUACCGGCCCGACAUCAGCCCCUCGGAACGCACCCACAAGGUCAUAGCCAUCGUCAACAAGAUGGUGAGCAUGAUGGAAGGAGUCAUCCAGGUGAGUGUCCAUCCUGCUCCCUCGCUUGCUUUUUAUCUGCUCUUUCUACUUAGGAGGACAUUCAAGGUUUAAGGCCUGGGUUUGGAGCGGAUGUGACCAGGUUAUGUCCUCAGUCAGUUGCCUGAAAAAAGGAGACUCUGACAGAAAAUACUGUUGUUAUUUUUCUUUUGAUUGGUUAAUUUCACUUCCCUCUAGAGAUACAGGUGACCCAGGACCGAAACCCCAAACACUAUAGCUGACUAGGUAGUAGUAGUAGUAGUAGUAGUAGUAGUAGUAGUAUUUUGUAAGAUUUAUCUUGGUUUAUUCAACUAGGUAAUUUCCACAGAAUACUUUGUAGAGGCGCAAAGCCCAUGUUAUGUGUGUUUCUGUCUGUCCAGCGUCUCUGUGUCCCCCUACCUAAAUGAUUUAAACAAGGAAUGGCCCUUUAAAUGAAUUCACUGGAACACACUGAACUACAGAAUCAUUGUGGUAUUCCAAAAGCCCUCUCAGCCAACACAAAACCCAAAUGCCAUUUUGAAUUAGUGUAGCAGUAAUACCCUUCCUCUGGGACACCAACCCUGAGUUAUGUGUGAAAACCUGGUAGUUUGACUGACUCCUCACAACACUCUAAUAUGGUGGGAGUUUAGACUUGUAGAUUGUCAGGUCAGUCCUUAUCGGAUUCCUCAUCCUGUCUCUAUAUACAACCUUAAAGACACUCUCAAUUUACAUACGGAGUGUAGUCUGUUAAUAGAUGAUUAUCUGUCUACACACUGACAAUGUCUGACACACACACAUACUGUGCGCACACACACACACACACACACAGUCCAGGAGCAUUAGGGAAAUCUGUCUGCGUUGCUCUGUGUGAGUCUUUUAGAAAUCUGGAUUACAGUCAUUAAAUCCAUUUAAAGGUGGAUUUCAUCCUGAUGAUUUUGGAAAUCCAAGUCUUAAGCCUCUAUGACGGACAUUUGAAAUGUAAUCUGUGUUCCUUAAAUAAUAAAAUCUGCGUAUAAAUGUCUCUGCCUCCUACAGGGAACAUCAUUUUGGCUACAUUCAAAACUAGUUUCUGCCAGUAGAGUCUGUGCCUUCUCUUGCUAUAUUUAAAUAAAUAAACAUUACCAAUACAAUACCAAAGAGGAGUUAAUGUGUAUUCCACGUGACCAUUGUGUGAGUGCUGUGUUGUGUGUUGUGUUGACAUGCCUGUGUGAAUCUCUGUCCAUGCCAUGGCUUUUGUUGACAGUCUCUCUCUGUCCUGUGGGAUGUCUGUCUGUUUGUUUCCACCCUCACCUCUCUGUGACAGGAGAUUCCUGAAGCUGACCAGGUAGGACACCUAACACGUCGCUAGGGGAGAGAGCUCUCUCUCUCUCUCAUCUCUCUCACUCAGUCUCUCCCUCUAUCGGCUCAGUCAAGCUUCGCUUAGUCCUCCAUGCUUCUUUUCUCCAUAACAGAAACCAAAAACCCCUCAACAAACCAAACCGCCAAAUAAUCCCUUCUCCAACAGCUGGACUCUAAAACUCCAACAUAAUAACCCUCAUUCAGCCUUCAACCUGGAACAUGUGGUACUAAAAACAACCCCAACAAAUCUCUGAUUGUGGCAACAUUUAAUUAAUGAAUUGUCAUUUCCAUGUGACCUGCUGCUUCCCUGCACUUCAGUGUGGAUGAGAGACAAACCCCAACGUUCUUUUGCCUUGGUUACAUUUUUCCCUUUUACAUGUUUUAUUUUAUGUCUGUGGUUUAACAUUGUUCUUUUGGAUGCGUUCUGUUCUGUGGCCGUUCUGAAAGGGGGGUGUUGUCGUUUCGUUGUGGGGAUAGACGAGUGCGGAAUACACAGGGACCAGUGCCGGCCGAGACAAGUUGGGCGGACCUUGUGUAUCCCUUAUUCUUUGUGUUAAGGGAACAUUGACAUUAGCUCAUCACACAGACCAGACACUGGGCUCUAAAGCACGAACUGCCUGUUCACGGUUUACUCCUGUUUAUCUCUGCUAAAUGUUAGAGGUGUUCAAGAACAGCUUUACAGGGUAAAAUGCAUGUGGACUGAGCUGAAUGUCCAUCCCAGACCAAUAUUUGUUUGUAUACUGGUUGAUGUGGAAUGCGGUCCCCGUGCGGAGAUACAGUAGCUGCUGCUAGAGGAAAGUAGAUGGCAUUUAUAUCAGGACAUGCAGAGAACUGCUCCACACAGAGGCUAGCUAGAAAAUAAAAGUUGAAUUAAAUUCCCUGUAGACACUGUACUAGGGUCAGUUUUCCCCCUAAAAUGGUUACGGUUAGGAUUGGGGGAGGGUAAACUGAUGUUAGAUCUGUGCCUAUUAGCUGUACAAGAUGUCUAUUCCCUCAACUGUAAUAUGCCAAAGAGCCUGUUAAUCCAGUAGCCUACUCUGCACAGGGCCCUCCCUCCAAAACUGACCCUCUGGGAGAGGCUGUAACUGGGGGCCAGUGUCUGGUUCUGGGGGUCUGGGAUUGGGGUUGGGUAGGGUGGCAGGGGUACGAGUCUAUCCCUGGAGUGCUGCUACUGCUCAUGGCUGUGAGACUGAGAGAGUCCGUCCGUCCGUCCCCCCGUGUCUGUCCAUACCUCCUCUCUGACCCCCUGCUCACUUUCUCUGUCUGUCUGUCUGUCCUGCCCUGUGAUUGGUGUAUUCCAGAAGCAGAAGAACAUUGCGGGGGCCCUGGCCUUCUGGAUGGCUAAUGCCUCAGAGCUGCUCAACUUCAUCAAGCAGGACAAGGACCUGUCGCGCAUCACACUGGACGCCCAGGACGUGCUGGCACACCUCGUCCAGAUGGCCUUCAAGUGAGUGCCCCGACUUCCUCCUUACGCUCUGGCCCCCUGUCUCUUUCCUAACCCCUGGUCCUCUCCUCUGUAGUUUGAUGCUCCUCUGCAUUCUUGGCCAGCCUCUUUUACUGCCCCUGCCCCUGUUUGUCCCCUUCUUUCCACUCCCCGUGGCCCCAUCAUUCCCCCUUCUUGUUCCUGUCCCCCUUCUGAUCAAGUCUCUGUCCCCACUUUCUCAUCCAUGACCUGGAGGCAAGGCUUUACCUUAUCCUGCUCCCAGCUGUGUUUGUGUGCUAGUCAAACACUAUCCUGUCAGUCCUGUGUACGUCCUGUCUGCAUGUACGCCAUCAGGGCUAACUCAAACCACAUGUGAGUAAUGGUAUAAUUCGACAAUUAUUAUACUAAUUAUAGAUCCAAAUGUGAAGUCCCCUGCCAUUGCUGGCAUUGAUUCUCCUGAGUGAGAAAACUAAAUAUAGAUGUCUGCUGCCCAUGGAAAAAAGGCCCUUUUUCACAAUGUCCUAGCUAGUGCUUAGCAGUCCGUGCUAACUUCUGGCUGAGCUUCCCCGUGAGCUGUGUUUAACUAGCAUUUCAUCAAUGUCACAAUGUUAUAGCGACUGUUGCAAUAAAAGUAGCUGAGGGACAGGGAGUUAAGCAAGAUAAUUGUCUUGCUUCAGCUCGGCCCAUGUAAGGAUCUGGAGAAAGUAAAUCUAGCCCUUGUCCGUACUGUAUUUGUGGAGUCGUUGUGUGGAUGCAGGAGCAGGAAGGGGAGCUGUGUGGAAUGUCUGGGGCCUGGCUUGUGUUGGCCAGGCUGGAGCAGGGCUGGAUGGGCCUGGGGAGAGGGGAGAGGUCCCAGUAAAAACAGUGGUUUCAGACUGAGUCUCCACGGCUCUCGCAGUCCCCUGUUCCUUCUGUUCUGCUUGCUGCUCCCUGGAAUGGCUAGCUGAAACAACUGGUGCUUUGUCUCCCCGGAGCAGAGCGCCGGCGAGGCCAGACCACUGUUUUAUUGUGGGAUUCCAGAGGAAGUCCCCUUAGGGCCGCAGAGCAGUGGAACUGUGUGUGUUUCUGCAUUCUUCUACAUGCAUGUCUGUCUUUGUGUUUGUGUGUUGCUCUCAGGACAAGUUUUGUUUUCAGGACAGGUGUUGCUCUCAGAGCAAGGGAACUUGUGUGGUUGGCUUUAUGUAGGUGGACGUAUAUGCAUUGUAUGUGUCUUUGUUAAUCAAUAUCUUUGUGGACCGUACAGAACCAAUGUGUUGUGGUGUUGUCUCAGGUACCUGGUCCAGUGUCUGCAGUCUGACCUGAGUAACUACAUGCCUGCCUUCCUGGACGACCCAGAGGAACAGAACCCUCAAAGGCCCAAAAUAGGUGACUCACCUCUGUUCAUACACGUUCUGACACUCUUACUGUAUAUAUUACACUCAUCCAGUCCACAGUGGGGGGGGGGGGAUACUGUUACAUUUGAAUUUCCAUUCACAGCUACACAGUAUGUCACUCAGCUUGUUUAAAAAAAAAAAAGUGAGCCCUCUAGUGGGGACAUACUGUAAAUAAAUAAACUGAAACCUUGGUGGACUGGAAAUUCACUAAGUACUCCAGCAGUAGUGGAAAUGUAAAAAGGCAUUCCUCCUUCCCCUCUUCCUCAUCCUCCAUCUCUCUCUCCCCUCAUAGAGGACGUUUUGCACACCCUGACGGGCGCCAUGUCGCUGCUGCGUCGUUGCCGUGUCAACGCGGCGCUGACCAUCCAGCUGUUCUCCCAGCUCUUUCACUUCAUCAACAUGUGGCUGUUCAACAAGCUGGUGAUGGAGGCCGACUCUGGACUGUGUUCACACUACUGGGGCGCCAUCCUCCGCCAGCAGCUCAGCCACAUCGAGGCCUGGGCAGAGAAACAGGGCCUGGAGCUGGCCGCCGACUGCCACCUCAGCCGCAUCGUCCAGGUAGGAUCCACCUAUCUUUGUCCAGGAUGGCACACCUGUUAGCUACCUACUGUUUUCAAUACAAUAACUUAUUUUAGGCAGGGCAGGCUCUUCCACCUCAAAAUGAUGGUUUCUAUUGAAAGCAUGUGUCAACAGCUCUGGGUGAAGCUUUAGGAGCCGUUGUGCCUAAGGAAAGUUGUAGGGGAAGGAAUUCAGUGUGGACCACAGGUCACUGUAAAUCAAGUCCUCCUCUGUCAUUAAUAGUACUCUGUUCUGUUGUUCCUCCCCAGGCUACGACUCUCCUCACCAUGGACAAGUACUCUAUGCAGGAUGUGCAGAACAUCAACAACACCUGCUUCAAGCUCAACUCCCUGCAGCUCAACGCCCUCAUGACCAACUACCACUGUGCUCCCGAUGAGCCUUACAUCCCCCCAGUAAGACAUGACUACAAACUCCUCUAUUCACAUACACACUGGUCUCUUCACAUACACACUGGUCUCUUCACAUACACACUGUUCUCUUCACAUACACACUGUUCUCUUCACAUACACACUGUUCUCUUCACAUACACACUGUUCUCUUCACAUACACACUGAGACAUUUACAUACACACUGAGCUAUUUACAGUGCCUUCGGAAAGUAUUCAGACCCCUUGACUUUUUCCACAUUUUGUUACGUUACAGCCUUGUUCUAAAAUUGAUUAUUUUUUUAUAUAUCCUCAGCAAUCUACACACAAUAUCCCAUAAUGACAAAGUGAAAACAGGUUUUUAGAUAUUUUUAUUUUUUUAAUAAACGUAUUUACAUAAGUUUUCAGACCCUUUGCUAUGAGACUCGAAAUUGAGCAUAGGUGCAUCCUGUUUCCAUUGAUCAUCGUUGAGAUGUUUCUACAACUUGAUUGGAGUCCAUUGGAGGUAAAUUCAAUUGAUUGGACAUGAUUUGGAAAGGCACUCACCUGUCGAUAUAAGGUCCCACAAUUGACAGUGCAUGUCAGAGCAAAACCAAGCCAUGAGGUCGAAGGAAUUGUCCGUAGAGCUCCGAGACAGGAUUGUGUCGAGGCACAGAUCUGGGGAUGGGUACCCAAACAUUUCUGCAGCACUCAAUGUCCCCAAGAACACAGUGGCCUUCAUCAUUCUUAAAUGGAAGAAGUUUGGAACCACCAAGAGUCUUCCUAGAGCUGGCCGCUCAGCCAAACUGAGCAAUCGGGGGAGAAGGACCUUGGUCAGGGGGGUGACCAAGAACCUGAUGGUCACUUUGACAGAGCUCUAGAGUUCCUCUGUGGAGAUGGGAGAACCUUCCAGAAGGACAACCAUCUCUGCAGCACUCCACCAAUCAGGCCUUUAUGGUAGAGUGGCCAGACAGAAGCCUCUCCUCAGUAAAACGCACAUGACAGCCCGCUUGGAGUUUGCCAAAAGGCACCUAAAGGACUCUGACCAUGAGAAACAAGAUUCUCUGGUCUGAUGAACCUAAGAUUGAACUCUUUGGCCUGAAUGCCAAGCGUCACGUCUGGAGGAAACCUGGCACCAUCCCUACAGUGAAGCAUGGUGGUGGCAGCAUCAUGCUGUGGGGAUGAUUUUCAGCAGCAGGGACUGGGAGACUAGUCAGGAUCGAGGCAAAGAUGAACGGAGCAAAGUACAGAGAGAUCCUUGAUGAAAACCUGCUCCAGAGCGCUCAGGACCUCGGACUGGGGCGAAGGUUCACCUUCCAACAGGACUACGACCCUAAGCACACCGCCAAGACCACGCAGGAGUGGCUUCGGGACAAGUCUCUGAAUGUCCUUGAGUGGCCCAGCCAGAGCUCGGACUUGAACCCGAUCGAACAUCCCUGGAGAGACCUGAAAAUAGCUGUGCAGCAACGCUCCCCAUCCAACCUGACAGAGCUUGAGAGGAUCUGCAGAGAAGAAUGGGAGAAACUCCCCAAUUAUAGGUGUGCCAAGCUUGUAGCGGCAUAUCCAAGAAGACUUGAGGCUGUAAUCCCUGCCAAAGGUGCUUCAACAAAGUACUGAGUAAAGUACUUCAAAACUUAUUCAAUUAAACUUGUUCAAUUUAAAUUACUAUAUAAAAGUAUUGCUACCAAUAGAAUGUUAUUUAUAUGGGGGAUACAAUCUUCCCAGCUCUGCAGAUUUUGCUCGAAGAGACAGAAUCAUUAGAUCAUUUGUUUUGGUACUGUCCAUUUGUAGCUUGUUUUUGGACACAGGUCCAGGAAUGGCUAAAGGAUUGCAAUAUUUACCUGGAGCUAACCCUGCAGAUAGCAUUACUGGGUGAUCUGAAAAGUCAUAGUCAAUCGAUCAAAAAUAUAAUAAUACUUUUAGCAAAAAUAUUUAUUUUCAAUUUACACUCUGUAGAAACAAUGAGAAUAGAAAGGUUCAGAAUUUUUGUGGAACAUCACAGUACAGUUGAAAAAUAUAUGGCAAAUAGAAAUCCAAUAUGGAUGGUGUUAAGAGAUAGAUGGGUGGUGUUGAAUGGAGGUCAAGGAUGGGACUAAUAACAACAAGAUAACUAAUAAUGUAAGCAUACUGUGUCCAUAAUAACUAUAUAGGUUAUAGGUUGAGAGCUUUUGUGAAAGAGCACAGUUAGAAAGAUAUGGCAUAUAGAAGCAAACCGGAUGGACAUCAUGAAAAUGAUUGGAAAGGUUGAGGGUAGAGGAAGUUCAGGAGUAAAAACAAACAAAGUAUAAUUAUUGUAAAAUUGACUGUGUCCAUAAAAUGUAUAUAGUAUGUAUAAGCUGGAAGUAGAGGCCUAAGCAUGGUUGUUCACUAGUUUACUCCAAUUGGGGAAGUGGUGGUGGGGUUGGAAAGUAAUAAAGGGAAAUAUUUUUUUUUUAAAGGAUAUGUGUAUGUAUGUAUAUGUGUAUGUACAGUUGAAGUCGGAAGUUUACAUACACUUAGGUUGGGGUCAUUAAAACUUGUUUUUCAACCACUCAACACAUUUAUUGUUAACAAACUAUAGUUUUGGCAAAUGGGUUAGGACAUCUACUUUGUGCAUGACACAAGUAAUUUAUCCAACAAUUGUUUGCAGACAGAUUAUUUCACUUAUAAUUCACUGUAUCACAAUUCCAGUGGGUCAGAAGUUUACAUACACUAAGUUGACUGUGCCUUUAAACAGCUUGGAAAAUUCCAGAAAAUGAUGUCAUGGAUUUAGAAGCGUCUGAUAGGCUAAUUGACAUCAUUUGAGUCAAUUGGAGGUGUACCUGUGGAUGUAUUUCAAGGCCUACCUUCAAACUCAGUGCCUCUUUGCUUGACAUCAUGGGAAAAUUAAAAUAAAUCAGCCAAGACCUCAGAAAAGAAAUUGUAGACCUCCACAAGUCUGGUUCAUCCUUGGGAGCAAUUUCCAAACGCCUGAAGGUACCACGUUCAUCUGUACAAACAAUAGUACGCAAGUAUAAACACCAUGGGACCACGCAGCCGUCAUACCGCUCAGGAAGGAGACGCGUUCUGUCUCCUAGAGAUGAACGUACUUUGGUGCGAAAAGUGCAAAUCAAUCCCAGAACAACAGCAAAGGACCUUGUGAAGAUGCUGGAGGAAACGUGUACAAAAAUAUCUAUAUCCACAGUAAAACAAGUCCUAUAUCGACAUAACCUGAAAGGCCGCUCAGCAAGGAAGAAGCCACUGCUACAAAACCGCCAUAAAAAGACAGAUUACGGUUUGCAACUGCACAUGUGGACAAAGAUCUUACUUUUUGAAGAAAUGUCCUCUGGCCUGAAGAAACAAAAAUAGAACUGUUUGGCCAUAAUGACCAUCGUUAUGUUUGGAGGAAAAAUGGGGAGCUUGCAAGCCGAAGAACACCAUCCCAACCGUGAAGCACGGGGGUGGCAGCAUCAUGCUGUGGGGGUGAUUUGCUGCAGGAGGGACUGGUGCACUUCACAAAAUAGAUGGCAUCAUGAGGAAGGAAAAUGAUGUGGCUAUAUUGAAGCGACAUCAGUCAGGAAGUUAAAGCUUGGUCGCAAAUGGGUCUUCCAAAUAGACAAUGACCCCAAGUAUACUUCCAAAGUUGUGGCAAAAUGGCUUAAGGACAACAAAGUCAAGGUAUUGGAGUGGCCAUCACAAAGCCCUGACCUCAAUCCUAUAGAACACCAGCUCUGUCAGGAGGAAUGGGCCAAAAUUCACCCAACUUAUUGUGGGAAGCUUGUGGAAGGCUACCCGAAACAUUUGACCCAAGUUAAACAAUUUAAAGGCAAUGCUACCAAAUACUGAGGGAAAAAAGUAUUUGAUCCCCUGCUGAUUUUGUACGUUUGCCCACUGACAAAGACAUGAUCAGUCUAUAAUUUGAAUGGUAGGUUUAUUUGAACAGUGAGAGACAGAAUAACAACAAAAAAAUCCAGAAAAAUGCAUGUCAAAAAUGUUAUAAAUUGAUUUGCAUUUUAAUGAGGGAAAUAAGUAUUUGACCCUCUGGAAAACAUGACUUAGUACUUGGUGGCAAAACCCAUGUUGGCAAUCACAGAGGUCAGACGUUUCUUGUAGUUGGCCACCAGGUUUGCACACAUCUCAGGAGGGAUUUUGUCCCACUCCUCUUUGCAGAUCUUCUCCAAGUCAUUAAGGUUUCGAGGCUGACGUUUGGCAACUCGAACCUUCAGCUCCCUCCACAGAUUUUUAUGGGAUUAAGGUCUGGAGACUGGCUAGGCCACUCCAGGACCUUAAUGUGCUUCUUCUUGAGCCACUCCUUUGUUGCCUUGGCCGUGUGUUUUGGGUCAUUGUCAUGCUGGAAUACCCAUCCACAACCCAUUUUCAAUGCCCUGGCUGAGGGAAGGAGGUUCUCACCCAAGAUUUGACGGUACAUGGCGCCGUCCAUCGUCUCUUUGAUGCGGUGAAGUUGUCCUGUCCCCUUAGCAGAAAAACACCCCCAAAGCAUAAUGUUUCCACCUCCAUGUUUGACGGUGGGGAUAGUGUUCUUGGGGUCAUAGGCAGCAUUCCUCCUCCUCCAAACACGGCGAGUUGAGUUGAUGCCAAUGAGCUCCAUUUUGGUCUCAUCUGACCACAACACUUUCACCCAGUUCUCCUCUGAAUCAUUCAGAUGUUCAUUGGCAAACUUCAGACGGGCCUGUAUAUGUGCUUUCUUGAGCAGGGGGACCUUGCGGGCGCUGCAAGAUUUCAGUCCUUCACGGCGUAGUGUGUUACCUAUUGUUUUCUUGGUGACUAUGGUCCCAGCUGCCUUGAGAUCAUUGACAAGAUCCUCCUGUGUAGUUCUGGGCUGAUUCCUCACCGUUCUCAUAAUCAUUGCAACUCCACGAGGUGAGAUCUUGCAUGGAGCCCCAGGCCGAGGGAGAUUGACAGUUAUUUUGUGUUUCUUCCAUUUGCGAAUGAUCGCACCAACUGUUGUCACCUUCUCUCCAAGCUGCUUGGCGAUGGUCUUGUAGCCCAUUCCAGCCUUGUGUAGGUCUACAAUCUUGUCCCUGACAUCCUUGGAGAGCUCUUUGGUCUUGGCCAUGGUGGAGAGUUUGGAAUCUCAUUGAUUGAUUGCUUCUGUGGACAGGUGUCUUUUAUAAAGGUAACAAGCUGAGAUUAGGAGCACUCGUUAAUCUCAGCUCGUUACCUGUAUAAAAGACACCUGGGAGCCAGAAAUCUUUCUGAUUGAGAGGGGGUCAAAUACUUAUUUCCCUCAUUAAAAUGCAAAUAAAUUUAACAUUUUUGACAUGUGUUUUUCUGGAUUUUGUUGUUGUUAUUCUGUCUCACUGUUCAAAUAAACCUACCAUUAAAAGUAUAGACUGAUCAUUUCUUUGUCAGUGGGCAAACAUACAAAAUCAGCUGGGGAUCAAAUACUUUUUUCCCUCACUGUAUGUAAACUUCUGACCCACUGGGAAUGUGAUGAAAGAAAUAAAAGCUGAAAUAUAUCAUUCUCUUUGUUAUUAUUCUGACAUUUCACAUUCUUAAAAUUAAGUGGUGAUCCUAACUGACCUAAGACAGGAAAUUUUUACUAGGAUUAAAUGUCAGGAAUUGUGAAAAACUGAGUUUAAAUGUAUUUGGCUAAGGUGUAUGUAAACUUCCGACUUCAACUGUAUAUGCAAAUGUGAUAUUUCAGUUUUUGCUUUGUCAUAAUGGGGUAGUGUGUGUAGAUUGAUGGAAAAAAACAAUUUAUCAAUUUUAGAAUAAGGCUGUAACCUAUCAAAAUGUGGAAAAAGAUCAAGGGGUCUGAACACUUUCUGAAGGCACUGAACCGUUUACAUACACACUGAUCUGUUUACACGCUAGAGUUACAAUGAAUGACUCUGAAGUGGAGAAGUAGGAGUUUGCUGUUUGUAGCAUUGCUUAACACAAGUCUCCUCCCAUAGUUGUAAUGCGUUGGAGUUUGUCCUGUUAUUUUUGGAGAAACAUUAGCUAAGCUCACUACUUGACUGAUCUUCCUAGCUCCCUUUUCCAGUCAAGGUUGCUGUUUCUACUUGGUGGAAUAUUGAAGAAACAGUCGAAGGACUAUUACACAUAUCCCUCUCCUCUGAUGCAACUAAACCCUCAUUGGUUAAUCUGGUGUUUCUCCCUAUAGGAGCUCAUAGACCACGUGGUUGCCGUGGCAGAGAACACGGCAGAUGAGCUGGCCCGUAGCGACGGCCGAGAGGUCCAGCUGGAGGAGGACCCUGACCUGCAGCUGCCCUUCCUACUGCCCGAGGACGGCUACUCUUGCGACGUCGUGCGGAACAUUCCCAACGGAUUCCAGGAGUUCCUGGACCCCCUUUGUCAGAGAGGUACUUGUGUGGAGGAGAAAAUAAAAUACAUUCUUGAGUUCUAUUCCGGAAUGUCACAUCAGUUGUGUUCUGUCCAAACCUAAAGUUGUGAACCAGUCAGAGGCUGAGCUGGCCCGUGUUUGUUCUGUUGACGCGUAGGCAGUGGAAUGUAGUAGCUAUGUAAGAGGAGACUGGAGAGCAGUUUGCUCCUGUCCUUAUCACAGUGUGUUAGAGAGAGAUUCCAAGAGUUGUUCCUGCUGCCGUGUCACUGUAGUCUCAGAUCUGUACUAAGUAGAAGAAGAAGAAGAUAACUGCGAUUUCCUCGUGUCUUGUGCAGGAUUCUGUCGGCUAACCCCUCACCCUCACUCCCCUGGGACCUGGACCAUCCACUUUGAAGGAGUCAACUGCGACAGCCACUUCUCUGCAGACAACUCAGACCUGGUAGGUGUCCCUCCGGCCAUUACAACUGUAGGACUAUGCAGGACAAAGACCAUUACAUUGAGCUGCAUGGUCAUGCAGAAUAGUGCUACUCAUGACGCAGACUGUCCUUGUACGUUAGCCACCAUAGUACUAACUAAGUAACUGAGAAGCGCAGAGGAAUGAAUAGGCUGCUACUUUUAGCUGUUUAUAACACUUGAAUAUAUUGCAAUUACUAAUCUUCUAUGUUUGUGACUGAAUGUUUUGGCAUGGCUUGUUUCCAAUGAUCGUAUGGAAAACGUUAAUGUCCCAUGCUACAGUCAUGCAAAUACCGUUCUGCCCUACUCUACUUAACACUAACAGACCUCCCCCAACACACACACACACAUUCCCUCCUGCUCAAUUUCAAUCAACACCAAUUACACCACAGAGGCCAAUAAGUGCCCAGAGAGCUCUUGAACAGCAGUAAAUUAUACCCUUCUCACCCUAAUCACACCAAAAAAACGAAAUUGCACUGCUUCCUGUAUAAAUGGCCUGUUUUUCCAGGGAGAGGGAGGGAGGGAGGGAGGGGAGGGGAGGAGAGCGUCCAAACCGUUUAAGCACCGCUGAGGUUUUGAUUAAUGGCCUCUUGGUCGUGUGCCAGGCGGUGCGACCCCGUCACCCCGCCUCAUGUUACCACAGCCUUGCUCCAGAAUCACUACUGUAGUGUUCCCCUGUUAGCAGCCGUUACAGGGUUAAUCAGACACACAGAGAUAGACAGGGUAUCCCUGAGGAGAAGAACAAUUGAGUAGGUUUCCCUGAUCACUAGUCCAGACAGGAGGUGUUACUGUAGCUAGCCUAGUGCAGUCAGACCUUUUAGGAGAGCGGAUGUGAUCCUAAAACUGUGGAAACUCCACUUUUUCUCUCGGGAGAAUAUGCUCUCAUUGGCAUGUGUUGUUUGAGUUAAAAGAGUUAGUCUCUUACUGCAGAAUUUCUAUUGUAGCCAGCUGAACCCUACAUCACCAUUGCCCUGCCCUCUAGUACGUGGUGAAAUCACUCGAAUGGCAUUCAGAAAGACUUGUUCUACACCACAUCACACGAUGAGAAAUGCCACCAGAGCCCUGUUACUUAAUGUGGCUUUGUAUGCAUUCUCUGUCUGAACUAUGUGGCUGUACAGCAUAGCUCGGCAGAUGAGCAAAGAGUUGUUUGUGUCUUUGGGGCUGUUGAGUCUCAAUGUGUUCAGUGCCAUAGGGAGGAGAGGCCGUCUGUGUGGAAAGCCUUCCCGCUCCCUCUUUCUCUGUCUCCCUCUCCCCACCCUGCUCCCAGGCAGCCCUCCUUUUAAAUGAGCCCAUUGAGAUCCUCUGGAGCCAAGCGCAUGUGGCUUUCAUUCUUGACUCUUCUCCAGCCCCCGCCGUUUCUCACUGCGGUCACCCCAACCCAGCCUCUCUCUCUGUAUGACGACCCUGCUCUGCUCUGUGUCUAUCCCCCUGCUCCCUCCGCCAGCGCCUCAUUCUGCCAGAGAAAUGUCCCAGAGAGAGCUCCCAGCUCUGAAAGCCCUCUAGAAGCCUGAUAGACCUGCUCGCCGGAUCCCACCAUUGACACCAACUGCACUCUAGCUACUCCAGUUGAUUUUUCCUAAGCUAACGCUGCUGUCUCCUCUCGUUGCAGCAAAUGCGGAAGGAACCGGAAGUUGUGACGGUCACCCUGAAGAAGCACAAUGGCAUGGGCCUCAGCAUUGUGGCUGCCAAGGUAAGACAUUUUUCAAUCCUAUCAUUUUAUUAUUGAUAAGGUUUUUGUCGAUACCCACUAGUGCUCCUGGAAAAGGUUUGUGACUUCCUGGCUGGAAGGGAAAUGCAAUGUGAGUGAUGAGAAAUACAGAGAUUCAAUAAAGAAAUAACCCAGAAACAUUGACUGACAUUUGUUGCGUCCAUGCUUGAGCAGACUUGAUGACUACUGCCUGGUGAACACAUAUAAAUUAUCCUAAAUAAGCCCUUCUCUCAACCGUUGUCAAGACCCUGCCUGAAGGCACCUCAAGGUUUUUGAAUGUGUCCUCAUUUUCAGUGCAACAACGUUGCCAGUGGAACAUGCUGUUUCUAGCAGUGUCGGUGUGGAUGGAUGUAAGAACCUUAGGUUGUACUGGGUUCUCCUCUGGGUUUGUUUACUACAUUACUCUGCUGUAACCCCGGAUAAUGAUGGGAUGCAAGGAGAGAUGUGUGUGUGUGUGUGUGUGUGUGUGUGUGUGUGUGUGUGUGUGUGUGUGUGUGUGUGUGUGUGUAUAAAAGCGACUGUCAUGUUUCAGCUGCCACCGUCAUAGCCCAGGUCUAACCCGGGUUGGUCUGUGUGAGUGUGUGUCUGGGGGCUUCCGCCGUAUGUCCACCAGAUGCGCAUACGUUUUGCCGUAUGUUGUUUUUGCUGGCUGUCUAGUCCGCAGUAGGUGUAGGUGGUGGGUAGAGGAGGGGGAGGGAAAAGGAGGAGGUGGUGGGUUAGAGAGGGAGGAGGGGUGUGUAGCGGGGGUGGAGGAAGGAGAGGUAGUGGUGUUGGAGGUGUGGGGCAUGAACCGAGAGGAGGUGGUGGAUAGGGUGGGAGGGAAAAGGAGGAUGGGUGGUGGGUAGAGGAGGGUGGGUGGUUGGGUGGUGGGAGGGAGAGGAAUAAGAGGAGGUGCGGUGAGGGAGGGGGAGGGAAAAGGAGGAGGUGGUGGAUAGAGGGGGAGGGAAAAGGAGGAGGUGGUGGAUAGAGGGGGAGGGAAAAGGAGGAGGUGGGUAGAGGAGGGGGAGGGAAGAGGAGGAGGUGGUGGAUAGAGGGGGAGGGAAAAGGAGGAGGUGGUGGGUAGAGGAGGGGGAGGCAAAAGGAGGAGGUGGGUAGAGGAGGGGGAGGGAAGAGGAGGAGGUGGUGGAUAGAGGAGGGGGAGGGAAAAUGAGGGGGUGGUGGAUAGAGGAGGGAGGUGAAUAGAGGGGCCUCCCUUUACUGUUUAUUUUCAAAGCACAAUUUUGGGGUUUGAGGAGGUGAGGGCCACACCCUCUGUUUUUACUGCUGUUUUCAACCUGAGGUGGUGUGUGUGUGUGAGGGAGAAAGACCGAGAGAGGAGGGGAGAGCGAGCAGAGGGAGGGAGGGAAAAAUGGGAGGGGAGGACAGGAGACAGAAGGAAGGCACGAGUCAGAGAGGCAGACUGGAGAAGCGAAGGAAUGAGAGAGAGAGCGAGAUGAGUAAUUUGCCCAGUGCAGAACACACAGCUGGUUAGUGCUCUGAAGGUUUACCCAAACUGUUGCAGAGUAGUGAGUGGCUAGCGCUGGCGGACUGUUUGCUUACCAGUCUGUAAAUGGUAUUUCCAACUCUGGCUGGGUGCUGAUAUUUGUCAUAUGGGGUCCUACAGUAGCAGGUAGUGUUGACCUCUCUCUUCUCUCACUGUGCCACACCUAGUAUCUCCUCCUUCGUUAGCUGUUUUGUUUUGGUCUCUGGAUGUGUGGUUAUUUCACCAGUACAUCUGGGCUGUGAUCUGCCCCUCGUUGUGGACUUUUAAUUGAGCCUGAGCAUCAGCCAGUUCUAGCCGAGUGGGAACUAUCUACCUACACCAUGUGGUUCUCUGUGGUCGGGAGGAAGGACCAGUCGGAGUCGGUAAGGCGCUCUCUCUCUCUCUGUUCAUUUCUGUUCCACACAGUUAGUCACACCUGUAUCUAUGUGAGUUGGGCGGAGAGGUGUGUGUGUGUGUAGAGGGUUUGGCAGGACAGCAGCAGCAGAAGAGGAGGGGGUUGAGGAUGGGAAGACACAGGAAAUAGAACUCCAGGAUGUGCUCCUGUUCCACUCGCUCAGUGUUCUCUGCUGCUGUAAGCUUCACACGGUCUUCCAUAUCUGACACCUUUUUAGUUUUCUUUCCUCAAGUUUUCUUUUCAGUUCAAGUUCUGUCUUUCGCAGUGUUGCUCAUUCAAAAUGUAUGAAUGCUUGUUUGCAAGAAACUGAGACUAAAUAAAGCUCCAGCUCACACCAGUUCAGCAUAUUGCUGUGACCCUGCUAUAUAAGGAACCCAGGACGGUUCCCCACUGAGCUAUGACCCAGUCUGGGCUGUCCAGCUGCUCUACUGCUGCUAUCUCAAGGCCACAGAGUUAAUGAUUGUCAAGGCAAGGCAAUUCAAUGCACACACACAGGCCAGAACUUCAACUCUGGGACAAGCUUGAUUUGCUUAACUUUUGGCCCCUAGUCUAGUUGAUUCUGCUCUGACAGGCCAGCCCUAGUUUUGUGGUUACUUACAUUUUACAUUUUAGUCAUUUAGCAGACACUCUUAUCAAGAGUGACUUACAGUUAGUGAGUGCAUACAUUUUCAUACUUUUUUCAUACUGGCCCCCCGUGGGAAACGAACCCACAACCCUGGCGUUGCAAGCGCCAUGCUCUACCAACUGAGCUACACGGGGCCAGACUACUUCAGGCUGUUAUGCUGCAGAUGUUCACCUAAAGUGCUUGGUGGGGACUGACUGUGUUGGGUUCCAAAGGAGGAAGAACAGGGGGAUAUCCUGACCCUCUCUCUCCACUCCACCUCACAGGGGAGUCCUGCUGCUCAUUGUCCAGCAUUUCCCCCCACUGACGACAACCCAAGGCCUGGGGAAGCUAUUCUUUUUCAUCUUUCCCCAAUCUGGAGGUAGACAGACUUGCCCUCGAACUAAACUGACAUGUUCUCAUUCCUUUCAGCGCUUUUGAACGAUUAUGUAAGUUGGUUUGUUUGUCUGUUUGCUAGUCUGUUUGUUUUGUAGAUGUUGAUACAAUAGUGAUGGAACAGUAGUGUAGAAGCAGCUAUACAAUGGCUAACUGGUUGAGGACAAAGCCUGUGGUCUCCCUCCUAUAGAGAGCUGUAGCAGCAGUAACAAUGGGAGGAUGUGUUCUGGGCUCGCUGGGCUGUGUUUCCUGCUGCUGGCUAGCUCGCUCGCUGGCUGGCUGUGUGUGAGACGGGACUCUGAGCAUUAGCUUACAACAGCGUGUGUGUGUGCUUCUCGGAAUGUGGUAGCACUGGUCACUCACUGCCUGCCAGUCCUGCCCUGGGGCACAGUAAGAGAUACAACACACAGGCCUACAGUAGGCUAUAUUUCCUGGGUGGGUCCUACAGUAUGUAUUCAACUGAACGACAGUGGUUACUAGGAACAACAUGGCAAAACCCAGCUGUGGGUUCCCAGCUAACAAUCACUCCCCUUUUUCCUCUGUGACAAAUGAAUGUUUAGUUCUAUGCCCAGUGAGUUCACUGUUCCAAUUGCCCUGCCUAGGACCCUUCUCUCACUCACAAGUUGUUUUGGGUGAAGUUGUAUACGGUGACGUACACAUUAUCACGGGCAAUUUAAUACUUGGCCUUGGUGCCUCCCUAACCAAAGAUCUAAUCAUCUGACAGCUAUGAGAGCCAUGCUCGUGUUGAGACAGUUUGCCAGUUUGAAUCCUGGCGCAUAGUAGAAUUUGACAGCACUGUCAUUUGCCCAAAUAGAAUUGUCUCAUACUGUCAGUUAGGAUUGGGGAGGAUGCUCACAUCUGUGACAUUCCAUGUUUAACUGGACAUGCCUGGAUUAGGAGCAGGUACUGACAGAGGGAGUGAGUGUCUAUUUAAGGCAACAGAUGUAUGACCUCCACAUAGUGUUAGAGGAAUGUAAGGAAACGCUACUAGAGUUUAAAACAUGCUGUACUCAUGGUAUUCUCCUCUCUAUGGGGUUAGCAGUGUAUCCAGAGCACCACACAUCUAGUCUCACAUCUUGUCCCUCUUCAAUCUGUGGCGCAUUGGGUCCAAUGGUUUGUGUGUGCAUGUGCGUCUGUCCAUGUUGGACGUGGUUCUAAUCAGACUCUGACAUGUAGCACAUCUGGCUUGAGUUAGCCCCUGAAAGGUCCCUCGUUCCCGCCGCUCUGUGAACUACUGUUUUUAUGACUUCAUUAGAGCAGUGCUGUGUGUGUCCUUCUCUACAGCCUUGCAGCUUUUAGACAGACUGUCUGACAGACAGAGAGGCGCAGGUUAUUAAACAACAAAUGAAAGAAUAGCAGAUGAUAAGGAAUGAGCGAGAGAUGGAUUGUACACGCUGGGUUGUACUCUCCAGGGAAAUAUCCGAAUACCCCCUUCUAAACCAGAGCCCCAUCUGCCUGUUAAGACUGAAGACCCUGUUUAAUAGAAAACCACAUGAAAAGCCUCCUUUAACCACCACCACCACACACCCCAGACAGAGGGUCGAAGACACACAGCUCUGUGUGGUCUCCACUAAACCCCCCCCCCCCACACACACACACACACACCCUCACAGAGUGAAACAUACUGAAAUUAUUUAGACCACAGCCACAUGUCAGAUUAGUGUGGUGCCUAAGUGUGUCUGUGUCGUGUUAAUAUGGAGUCACACACGGUCUCUGUCACAGAGGUGGCCCAGUGUGUCUGACACACUUGAUAUCAGAUUCAAGGACACUUUCUCUUUGCUUAAUUCAGUGCCAUCACAGACAGAAUGUUCCAUCUCGAGACAGAGAGCUAAGAACAGAGAUGAGAUAAAACAUAAGUCUCCAUCUUGUGAGAUUAUAUUGUGCUGCUAGUUCCUUGCUCCUUCUGUCUCCAGUCAGAUUGUGCAGCAUAGCCUGGAAUAAUGAAUGAGUGUAUUGAUGGAGCUGUUCACAUCUCAGUAUGGAGCUCAGCUUAAAAACCAAAGAGCUGUGGACAAAUUGACUUGAGACAGAGAUUUGUGUGUGUGUUAUAGUAAACUCUCUCAGGACUCCAGUCCACCACACUCGACUUGGUGUGAUUAACUAUUCUUUCCUGUGCUAAACCCAAAGGCAGGAAACUGCAGAUCAUAGUAUGGUUUUAUGUCAUUUAGGAGUCUGGUUUGAGAUAUGCACACAGAAUGAAUGCAGCCUCAGUGUGAAAGGACAGACAGUAGUUUUGUGACAGGGUCUGAUGCCUUGGCUCCAAUUUCCUAUAAAGAGCUGGUUUACAGGGCACUUCCCUGGACAGGAAGACUCAGGGCAGGGCAGGGCGGGAGAACUGUUUGUUUGUGUCAAAGUACAUUUGACUGAAGAAAACAAUUUUUAACAUUUGGACUGCUUUAGUGGGCUCCCUUCCUGAAUCUAAAUUUCUCCUCAGUGGUCUGCUAGUUUGUGAAAAACUCAAUAACAGUUCUCAAGUAAAGUAGUAAAACUUAAUUUAGAACUAUGAGGUUACAGUGAGGUGUGUGUGUGUGAGAGUAGAUGUGAUAUGUGUCUGGGCAGUGCUAGGUGUGUGUGUCUGGGCAGUGCUAGGUGUGUGUGUCUGGGCAGUGCUAGGUGUGUGUGUCUGGGCAGUGCUAGGUGUGUGUGUCUGGGCAGUGCUAGGUGUGUGUGUCUGGGCAGUGCUAGGUGAAGUCUCCUCUGUCCUUACUGGACCCUACCACCACAGUGUGAACGUGCUCAGCCGCGGAUCAUAACACCUGGUGAACUGAUCACAUACUACAAAGGAGGGGGUCAUUUCCCCUGCUCACCCUGUGUUGUUGACCAGUUACAUAAGAGUGAUGCGGUCAGUUGUUAGUGGUGCAAGUCCACACAUUUUAAAGGCAUCAGUGUCUGUCCGCAAAACAGCUCUUGUAGUAAGUAAAAUCGUGGAGUAAAAAGUUAAAAACAACCGUAACAUUGAAAUAGACAGCAAGGCACUUUAUCCAAAAAGUGUUUGAAAACUUUGGAAUACUGCAGCUUGCUGUUAUUCGAUAGAAAUAAAAUGCAUGAUAGUUUUUCUAUCAGAUGUUUUUGGGCCUUGAUCUUCCCUCUGAACAUGCUGUCGGCAGUGUUGUUCUGGAGCCACAUUUUCUGAGGCGAUGAGACUUGACUAGACAUGUUAGAGCUGUAUAAGACUCUGUAAUUGUCUCCUUUGAGGCUUUGCCACACUUACUCCACACACACCUCCUCUUGGCAUCGGGCAAGGCCUGCAUCAUGACUGCGACUCAACACAUGUAACGCCAUCCGACAAUGUGAUCAUUUAAAAACAGCAUUGUAGCUAGCUACACGUGUUCAUUCUGUGAACUCUGCCAUUAGUGUCAACUUCCUCUCCUUUACUAGAAUAAAUCAAGUUAGGUCUUUAUGUGUUUUAGGUCCGGAAGAAGGCGUUUUAGUGAGAGAGGUGGGAUACAUGGAUGAAUAGGGAUGGGGGAUUAACCCAACUUUAGGCAGGGAUGAAUACUACCCAGUAUUCUGCUACACUAGCCAGCCGUCGUACUGAAAAACGGUAGCAAUUAGAGCUCUCGUUAAAGCACUGCUGAAUUUUAUUAAUGGACUUUAUAGACCUUCUGUGUUUCAUGCUUUAUUAAUGGACUUUAUAGACCUUCUGUGUUUCAUGCUGCCCUAACUCUGAGCCUAUGAACUUGGUGUGUGUGUGUUGGGCUGACAGGCCGAGGCAGGGUACAGGAAGCCUCCUGCUGUGCCUGUCUGUGUCUACUGCCUCACAUGGAAACCGCCUCCCUCUGUCUGUGGGUUAGAGCUCCUAUUUCCCUCCCAUCACAUCACUCGUUGAUGUAAAGGCCUUCAUCUAGAACAUUACUCUGCUAGUCUACAUGUUUCUGUGGUAACUGAAGCUCUGACAUGUUUUGGAGAGAUCAGGUAGCACCUAGUUAUGGCUUUAGAUUGGACACCUGAAAGAGCAUAAGUACCAUUUUGGUUUUUGGUGACCUAAUGACGUUGUAGUGUCUGUCACAACAACCCAAGUGGCAUUGCAUCUCUCACACACACACACACACACACACACACACACACACACACACACACACACACACAUUCUCAGGUUUGUUUCUUCCCCGUGGCAGUAUAGAUAAACCCCCUGGUUUUCUCACUAAGCCCAGUAUCCUGUCCCCAGCCAAAUGUGAGCUGUGAUAAGAUUUCCCUCUUGUAGGACAAUAAACAUGAAUCUGUAUCAGCCUGGCAGAGGGCCAGUGGUCCUCAUGCGUGUAAGGGGACACCUUUUCUUCCUGUUCCCUCCUCUGUGAUGGGGACCAUUGUGUCCCCCAGGGAGGACGGGUGGCCCUCUGGAAUGUCCCCCUCUGGGCUUAGGUGACGCCCCUCUAAGAGGAGUCUGUCACACAGCUCCAAGUGACAGCACUGGUCAUAAGACAAACGCCAGAUUAGCGACUACCACAACAGUGCCAGACUGAAUAUAUUGAUGUCUUCAGUGUAUCUGCUGCUGCUGGUUUAGUUGACUCUUCCCUCUAUUCAAGGGGUUUAGGUCUGGUGGUUUUCAUCUUCUUGCCUCAUUCUUGUUUAUCUGAUGCUCUGUGGUGGUAGUUGUGCUAGAUUAGAACAAUUGUAUGAUGCAAUAGAUAUAAAGUGAAAUUGGACAUCAUGGUGGAGAGGAGGUGCUGAGGGUCUAUUGUGGAGUAAAUAGCUAGGCUUUCUCAGGUGGAUUCUGUGGCUGAACCCUACUCUGGGCUCCCAUACCCACAGAUUCUCUCUCUCUUAUCUCUCUCUCUCUCUCUCGUCUUCAGAUCCUCUCUCUUCACAUUGUUUGCGUUGGCAUAAAGCAUCACAUAUAAGGAGUGUGGGAGUCAACUCCUUGUCGGUUUAUAUUUCAGUGGUUGUUUUGGCAGGUCUUCACAACGCCCAUCAAACGCUUUGAGGGAUAAACAGAUGUUCAGAAAGUCAGCAGGCGACCGUCCAAACCUCUCCCGUAGCUUUAGUGUCGAGCACCAGACUCUCUCAGCCGACCACCACACACUAGCCUUAAAACAACAGUGUGUCGCAUCCACGGCAGCCCUCGCGUGAGACGGGCAAUGGGCCCACACAUGGGUGGCUUUUACUGGUAAAGCCAUCCAAUCCCGGUUCUCGUGUUUGACAUGUAUAUUAUUAGCACCUCCAGCUGGAGUUCGUCUCUACCCACAAACCCCCUGCUGAUCUCUCUGUUAGGGGUCACCAGAGCCCCACACACAUCCUUUUAUGUCGCUUCCAAAGACUCGUGGCCCAGCGUCAAGAGGUAUUAGUGCUCAGACUGGAAUGUUGAUACUGUAAAUACAGGUUCUUAUUGUGAGUCACUACACUUGAAUAGGAGAGGUGUUGAACUGGUGCUGUGGAGGAGAAGGACCACCAGGCAGGCUAUGCUGUGUGGUGGUGUCUAUCUGCUGCACCUUACAGAGGAAUGUGUUGUUGACAAUGGAGGAGGAGGGCUGUGCUGUGAUCUCCCUCUCGUCUGGCUGCUGUCUCUCUGGCCUAUCACAUUCCUCCGUUCCAAGAUGCUCUGGUUUGGCUAGAGGAAAACACCUGUUCUGUUUUCUCUCUCCGUUUGCGUCUCAACACACGUUCUCACAAUAACAUGUUUUUGAAGGUUUUGUACUGUACUGGUGGCUCAUCAGAAGAGUCAGGACUGCCUACAUAUAGAUGCAGGUGCCAGUGUAGAGCAGUUUCAUUGCUUUAACUGAAGCUGUACUAGUUCCCUUGAAUUCAUGAAGGAGUUCAUGUUUAACUUCAGAGACUAACAGUUUGUUCUCAGUAACACUCAUAGUGACUGGAGGCCAAGUUCUCUCAGUCAAGCUCAUUUGAUCCUGUUAUAUGGGUUACUUCAGGCAACCAUGAUGUGGAGUUGUCAUUCUUGAAUGGGCUAAGGAACAAUUGUUCAGUGGAAUUCUGGAGUUACAAAGUAGGAGUAAAGCCUGUAUCUACUAUCUAGCCUAUCAUGUUUGUACAGGUGAAAGCUCUUUUUAGAAUCGUCUGGUAUUAUUGGGCCAAAGUUCCAUGUGAACUGUUCUCUCGUGUUAUUUUGAGAUUAAAUUAUAUUAAACCGAACAAGACAAGUACUGUCCCAGGCAGCUCAAUGUGAUCUCUACCUGAUCUUCCCCAAAUAUUACAGCUGGCUCUGGCCAGGCCAUAUUGGGCAGGACCCUCUGCUACCUUUGGAGAGCUCAGCCACAGGAAAAUGCUUUUUCAUCAAAAGGACAUUUUUAGUCCACUCUUUAAAAAACACUGACGCUCAGGGGUUCUUCCACACUACUCUAGGAUUGUAUUUGAAUUGUUUGUGAAAUGAUUUAAGCGGUAUUAACUGGUAUGGUGAUUUGAGGCCUUGGAGUUUUAGUUAGGGCAGAGGGAUAGGGGGAGCCACUCAUUAUAGGGUUUUCUGGCUUUCAAAUGUGAUGCUUAAAGGGAACCUAAACUGGUUGAUGUGGCUAGUCAAAACAGCAGAUGGCACGUAUCAUGUCAAUCCUCCUUUGGCCUCGUCUCAUGUAGCAUCAUUAUUAACACCAUAUUUGUUUUGUUGAUACUUCUGUCAACAGUGCCAAUUUCAUCUAAAUUGUCCUGCUCAGGGUCUUUAGACUCCAGAUGAAUAGUUUAAUUUAGCUGGCAGUUCACUGCAGACAGAGGCCUCCAGACAGUGCUACAGUAGCUGUGUGAUUUUAUUGAUGAAGUGUGCUAUAUUAACACUAAAUGGUCUAUGUGUUACUGUUAACAAUGUUUCUCCAGUCCAGUAGGCCAGGUGUUCAGCAGGCGCUCCACAGUCGAAUGUGUCACAAUAGAACUCUGGGGCCAAGUGUUCCAGCCAGACCUUUAUAUGUCCAAGUGUUCUGUCUGUGUCUCCUUGGCCUGUAGAGUGAAUGUUCCCCUCUGUCUUCCUCUAGGGUGCUGGGCAGGACAAGCUCGGGAUCUACAUCAAGUCCGUUGUGAAGGGAGGCGCGGCUGACAUGGUGAGGGUUUUAGAUCAUGACGACUAUAUCCUGUAUUCAGAAUGACCUCAUCUAGUAUGUACAUUGUAAAGUGUUUUGUCUGUAAUGUCUUUUUCAUUAUAUGUUGGACCCCAGUAAGACUAGCUGUCUCCAUAGGCGUCGGCUAAUGGGAAUCCUAAUAAAUCUAAUCAAAUCAAAAAUCUAGAGUGACUCACAACAAUGACUUUCAAUGUGUGCACUGCUGCUAUUAUACAACCUCUGUCUCUUCUUCCCUCACCCUCUUUCUCUGAAUGUGUGCGUGUGCGUGUUCAUGUGCUUGUGUACUUGUCCGUGUGUGUAGGACGGGCGUCUGGCUGCAGGGGACCAGCUGCUUAGUGUGGACGGCCGCAGCCUGGUGGGCCUCUCCCAGGAGAGGUAAUGCCUCAGAAACUUCCCUGACCCGCCUCGCUCCGGGUCACUCCCCAACACAACACUAAUUGGCCUUUGUGUACAGACUGGGUUUAGGAGUGAAGCAAGACAUGUAACGUCCUGCUGUUCUCCUUAUGACGCACUGAAGAGAACCCAAGAUGGAGAACAUCAAGGCCAAGUUGAUACAAAGAGCUGUUUCAAUAGCAGCCAGUCACACCAUGGAAGUAAAUUGUCUCAAUCACGUCGAACGAGCAGAGACUUAUCUACAGUGCACUGACUUACAAUGACCUGCACAAUGUGUGUUAUCCUUGGUUCACGCCUCUCACAGAUUAAUCCUUUAUGCCCUUUCAAACACCCUCAACCUUUUUGUCCAUGUUCCUUUGGUUUCCAAAUGCCAAAACAGUUGAAACUCAGUGCAAAGUGAAAAACAGGGAAAAAGAGUUGAUUUAAACUUUAAAAAUCUAAUAGCCAUGUUGAAUUAAAAGCAUAUGGCUCAUUACACUUUAAUAUCUGCUCUUAAACUGACAGAAUCUGUUCCAAAUCUUGGAUUUGUUGGUUGCUUUGAGAAGUUAUUGUGUGUGUGUGUGUGUGUGUGUGUGUGUGUGUUUGCCAGUGAUAAACCACAAGGCCUUGAGCACCAAACAGACAGUCUGAAACUGUUGGGAAAUGAAUCUCUAAAUGCUAUUGCAUAUGGGGAAUGUUUAAAGCCAUUCCUGAUCAAGUUAUGUGAACUCCUCGUCUGCCAAAACGUCUGUACUUGGUACUGCCACGAUGAAAAACAAUAACUUUGGCAUAUUUGUUUGGUUCUGUUGCAUUCAAUCAUCUCUCCAGUCCAAUCUAUUCUGAUUGAAUCCCGUGAAUAUAUCUGAUUGAGUCCCAUGUUCUCUUCUCAGGGCUGCAGAGUUGAUGACGAGGACAGGCUCUGUGGUAACACUGGAGGUGGCCAAACAGGGAGCUAUCUACCACGGCCUGGCCACGCUCCUCAACCAGCCUUCUCCUAUGAUGCCCAGAGGUAAGGGUCUGCUCUGCUAGGGCAAUGGGGGUGUCUGAAAUAUCACCGUAUUCCCUAUAUAGUGUACUACUGUUAACCUAGGCCCAUAGCGUGCCAUUUCAGACGCAGACAAUAUCCCUUCUUGUCCCCAGUCAUGGUCUAGAGUCAGAGGAAGGCAGAGUGUCACCACACAGCACACUAGUGUGACUAAGUAGAUAAUCAGGGUUUGUGACGGGCUCUGGCACUUUCUCAGUCUCUCCGAGUCACACACAAUUAAACUUAGCUGUUGGCAUUAGGGCUUCAGAUUCCAUUGAAAUGUCAGAAGCCAAUGUCUGCGUUGUUAUGUUUUCAACAUCCAGCCUAAUAGACUUCUGUGGUAUUAGAGAGACAGUUGUAGUUUAUGGGGCGUUGGCUGGCUGGUAGUGUUUGUGCUGAGAACAUGACUGCAGAUAGUUAAGGAUGUCCAUUAACUGUCUGCUGUGGUUGGCUCAUUAAUCCUUCAUCUCUCUCUCCCUUCCUCUCAGCGUCGCAAGGAGGGCGUGACAAGAAUGGUAAACUGAGACCAAAGAGCGAAGGCUUUGAACUGUACAACAACUCGGUCCAGAACGGCUCUCCAGAGAGCCCCCAGGAUGACUGGCAGGCCUACCCAGAACCAAAGAAGAUGAGUGGGGAGGAGAGGCUACUGAAGAACCGGGCCGACCACCGCUCCAGCCCCAACGUGGCCAGUGAGUAUAUUGAACCCAUACAGCACCCCUGUGUGAUACAGAGGGAGGUUUAAAUGGCCAUUUGUGACAUACUGUACAUGUCAGGAGGGGUAGGGCAGGGGUACCCAACCCUGUUCCUGGGGAGUUGUGGCAGUGUCUUGAUUAGCAGUUUUUUUUAGUGCUGGGCUGGAACAAAAGCCUCCAAACCCCAUAGCAAGAGAUGGUGAACGGUGCUCACUGGGGUAGAGUGUGUGUGACCACUGAGUGUGCCUCUGCUCAGCUCUGACUCCAUGGUGUUUUCCUCCUCCAGACCAAAGCCAGAGUCCAGGAGGGAAGGCCGUCUACCCAGGAGGACCUGGGACCAAGAUCACCUCUGUCUCCACAGGCAACCUGUGUGUUGAUGUGAGUAAACACCGCAACAGCAGCAGCCAGAGGAAUGUCUCCGUAGCAUGUCUCUCUGAGGAGAAGGUUUACUCUGUCUGAGUUAUGAGACCACACCAAGACAUUACCAGUCACACCACUGGACAGGUCAGAGUAUGACAGGGCUGAACGCCAUCAUACAGAGGCCAUACAGUAUUGCAGUAUUUCCUGUUUUUAAUCCGUUCUUCUCAGCACUCAAAAUCAAAACUAUAAUCAGGAGUCUUAUGAGUCAUUAUUGAUGGUAAAAACCGAAAGCAGCUUUAUUGAAAAUAGCUUUCUCUUGUUUUUCAUGUUCCCCUCUAAUAAAUCCUAAUCAGCUCUCUAACCACUGAUUAGCUACCCAGCUGUUGUGCUGUGUUCAUGUGCUGCCUCACCAACAAGCUUAUCCUGUCAACAAACAAUGGUUUCCCUGACCACAGGACCCCACCGCCAUCUACCGUUAAUAACACUGAUUCCAGAAAUCCAUGACCACAAGAACAAUUGUCUAGUUUAGCAGGCGUCUGUUAUCCGACCUUAAUGUAUGGUUUAAACUAACAUAAUUCCUUCUCUAUACGACCAGAAGAAGAAUUGUCUUGAUCUCCUAGCCAACCGUAAUGUAUGGUCUAAUAGUAGUCCCCUUUUCCUUGUCUAUAGGACGAGCCCUCUCCACCCCAUCCGGAGGCCUACCCCAUCCCCACUCAGACCUACCCCAGGGAGUACUUCACCAUCCCAGCCUCCAAGUCUACGGACCGGAUGGGCCCGGCCCCAGGGCAGUUAUAUGCUGACGACAGGGGUCCUCCCGGCCCCACGGAAGACCACCACCACAACAGCAUGGCUAUGCAGGUGUGCACACAGUGACAUCACUCCAGGAGCAAAGGAAUCAUACAGAAAUGUUUUCUCUGAAUAGCCUCUCUCAGAAUAUAUACUAUGAAAAGUACGUUGUUAAUUUAUAAAGGAAUUAGGAGUAUGCAGUAGUGAAAAAGUGCUGUGCUGUUCUUGCACUGUGUUAAUGUGUGUGUGACUGCCGUGUCUGUUCUCUCAGCGGGUGGACCACUCUCAGGAGGAGCUGUGUGACCUCCCGGGGGGCUACCCUCCAACCGGCCUGCGUCCUGAGGACCUGGUCCACCUGCAUCAGCAGCAGCAGAGAGAGGCUGACUACCAGCGGGGCAGUGGGGAACACUGGGGCAACCACCACCAGGUCUCCUCUUCCGUGGAGUCCUCAACCUCCAGCCAGGAGCACCUCAACUACUCCUCGUCCUCCUCCAACAAGACCCAGAGCAACCACAAGAGUGGCCCGGGACGCUGGAAGACCCCCGGCCCCAUCGCCCCCCACCCAGGCCCCGUGGCCCAGUCCACACGCACGGACCUCCCUCCGCCUCCACCGCCCCCUCCCCCCGUACACUACCAGGACUUCGAGCCCCAGCCCGACCUACCCCUGCCCCCUCCUCCCUCGGCCUCCCAGCAGCAGGCCGCAGCAGCUGCCGCCGCCGACCGCAAGAAGCGCGAGGAGCAGCAGCGCUGGUAUGAGAAGGAGAAAGCCCGGUUAGAGGAGGAGAGGGAGAGGAAGAGGAGGGAGCAGGAGAGGAAGCUGGGACAGGUCCGUAACCCAUCCGUGCCUGUAGCCCAGAACAACAACCAACACGGGGGCACACUCCCCCCUCCCACACAGCACCAACAGAUGCCCCCUCCCCGGUCCCCCAUGCCCAUGCAGCAGGUGCCCCAGCCCUACCUCCCCCCCCAGGCCCAACAGCAGGCCCAGCAGCAGCAGCCCCCCAGGCCAGAGAAACUGUCCACCCUGCCCAGAGUGUCCACCCUGCCCCCUCAGGGUAACCCCAUGGACACAGUGAUCAGAGAGCUGCUCCCCCAGCAGCAGCCCCGCACCAUCGAGCGCCGGGACCUGCAGUACAUCACCAUCAGCAAGGAGGAGCUGUCCUCCAGCGACAGCCUGUCCCCAGACCCCUGGAAGAGGGACGCCCGGGAGAAGCUGGAGAAGCAGCAGCAGCUGCACAUCGUAGACCUGCUAGACAGGGAGAUCCAGGAUCUGCAGGCCAAGCCGGAGCGUACGGCAGAGGAGAGCGACCGGCUCAGGAAGCUGAUGUUGGAGUGGCAGUUCCAGAAGAGACUGCAGGAGUCCAAGCAGAGUGAUGAGGAAGAUGACGAGGAUGAUGACGAGGACAUGGACACCAUGAUGAUCAUGCAGCGGCUGGAGGCGGAGAAGAGAGCAAGGGUGAGCUUCUCUGGAGAGUAGGGGUCUAGUGUUGCACAGUGGAGAACAGGAGGACAUGGAGAAGGUAGGCUACGGUAUAGAGAAUCAUAUCGGACAUCAGAGGUAAGGUGUAUGGAGGAAGACUAGUGGCCCAAGAUGUUCAUAGUGCUAUUAGAUGCACAUAGACCCAUCAUUGAUUACAGUAGACCCAUUAUAAAUGUUCUGAGCUCUGAAAUGUUUAUAGCUUCUUGACUCACAGGGCAUUAAGUUUCUCAUGCCAAGGAAGGGCGAGCCAUGGGAAGCAGAACAGUGAGAAAAGAGGAAAUGGAACUGGGCUUAAUGCUUACAGAAUAGGAUAUGGAAUUCCCACGAGGAACACCAUUAAGUAGCUAGCUACAAUUAAUGUUUUGCAAUGUGCACCUGCAACAUCCUUACGUCAUUGCUUUGCCAUGCUGAGCUGAGCUGCUGUACUCGACUGGCUGCAGAGAGAGGGCGGGAAGGGAAGGAAGGGGCAGGAUGUCGGUCAAACAACAAACCUACAUGGAAACAUGGCAAAGUACAAAUUGGUUCUUUUUUAUUUUUUAUUAUUGCCAUUAGGCAUUGAUUCAUCUCAUUUUCCUGGUCUAACAGGAUGGCUAGAGUACCAUAUUCCUGGUCUAACAAGAUGGCUAGAGUACCAUUUUCCUGGUCUAACAGGAUGGCUAGAGUACCAUAUUCCUGGUCUAACAGGAUGGCUAGAGUACCAUAUUCCUGGUCUAACAGGAUGGCUAGAGUACCAUAUUCCUGGUCUAACAGGAUGGCUAGAGUACCAUAUUCCUGGUCUAACAGGAUGGCUAGAGUACCAUAUUCCUGGUCUAACAGGAUGGCUAGAGUACCAUUUUCCUGGUCUAACAGGAUGGCUAGAGUACCAUUUUCCUGGUCUAACAGGAUGGCUAGAGUACCAUAUUCCUGGUCUAACAGGAUGGCUAGAGUACCAUAUGCCAUCUAACAUGGGCUAAUGUCGCUAGCCCCCCUCAGACGACACCACAGAUCAACAUAAACCAGUGAGAGUAUUGCUUUAUUGCUUCUCAUUUGUAACUGUUACAACAGUACUGUCUUCAGUCUGCUGUGACCUUGUAUCCAGACUGUCUAGUGAGGCAAUGAUUCCAAUAAGUAGUGAGCAGUCCCUGCCAGCCAGGUCAAGGCUCACAGCCCCUGCUUGUCUGUCUCUCUGAGGGAGAAAGAUUGUCUUAGUUUCGGCCAGGGGGGUGGUGAUGGAACAAUGUGGAAAUUCUUCUUGUAAACUGGGCACUUCGUGGAGCUCCAUGCGAGAGAUGGGACUGAGCGGACCAUAGAGGAGCGUUGUCUGUCUGAGGGGAAGUGGGCCGUUCAUUCGGCCGCUGGCAGUAAUCAGCCCCAUACUGUGGAGAAAUGUUCCUAAAACCCCUAGCAAUGCUUCUUCUUCUUCUUCUUCUUCUAUUUGGUUUCUUCUCUUCUCCCGCAGCAGACUGCUGUCCCAGCGAUCUCUGUUCUAGACUUGGUACGUUCUCUCUUUACGCACUCUUCCUCCUUUCUUGUCUUCGGCUCCACCUGUGUUUCCUCUCGUUCAUUCUCUCCCCUCCCUGUCUUGAGUGGCCACACGGGGAAGUCAUCCUGCGAUGCUCAUUGGCUGUGGGGCCCUGUCUCCACUAGAUAACUGCUGCUGUGGGAACGGUAAUCUAACUUAGUCUCUGUGAGAGCCAAAGGCCAGACAGUCACACUGAGUCUUUUGGUCAGGGCUCAUUUAAAGACAAUACCACAUAAUAAUGCCUCAUAACAUAAAUAAUCAUCCCUGAAAAAAACUAUUUCCAGAAAGAAUAAGAAAAUCAGUAUAAUAAAUAAUCUAACCUUAAACAAGUCUAAAACUAACUGGGGCAUGGUUAGAUACUGUAUUUGUUCCAGAGAAGCUCAGUACUAUGCAGCUGUUGUUUCAGAGCAGGGAGCUGCCUGGCCUGCAGUGGGGGCUGUCUGUGCAUGAUUUGAGACCCUCCCCCAGCAGUGGUCAUCUGCAUGUGGGGUGUAACCAUCAUUGUGCUGUGGUGUCAGUCCACUUCAUUCAACUCAUCCAGCUCUGUGUGAACAAUGCCGGUGCUCAGCCAAUAUAGCAUCGCUCUCCUCCUCAACUCCCCUCUCAUUGGGGAAGUUGCACAGUGUAGAACGUUUUUCUACUGUCCAUCUGUAGUCAUGUUUCAUCUAGUGAUUGACUUCCAGUCUGUUGUGUUUGGUCAUCAUGUCAUCAGUGAGUGUAACUAAGGCUUGAACUGGACGCUCCUCUGCUCUGCCCAGCCAUGCUGCUGCUGUUUGUUCUUGCUGCACAUUGUAAUUCAUUCUGCAUGCCCAGCUGUCGCCAUAUUCCUGUCUGCAGUGCACACUGUUUUACUCUCACCACAGCCUAUCCUGUGUUUACUCUCACCACAGACGACCUAUCCUGUGUUUACUCUCACCACAGAUGACCUAUCCUGUGUUUACUCUCACCACAGAUUACCUAUCCUGUGUUUACUCUCACCACAGAUGACCUAUCCUGUGUUUACUCUCACCACAGAUUACCUAUCCUGUGUUUACUCUCACCACAGAUUACCUAUCCUGUGUUUACUCUCACCACAGAUUACCUAUCCUGUGUUUACUCUCACCACAGAUUACCUAUCCUGUGUUUACUCUCACCACAGAUUACCUAUCCUGUGUUUACUCUCACCACAGAUUACCUAUCCUGUGUUUACUCUCACCACAGAUGACCUAUCCUGUGACAGAGCAUUCCAUCACAAUAUCUAGACUUAGACAUUCUCAACACAACAGGCCCAUGUCUGGAAACCUGAUGCCAGUGUGAGGCCCCUCACAGGGGGCCAAUCUGCUGAAUUAGCCUGUGUGUAGAUGCAGACCUGAUGGGGGUCCUUAGGGCUUUGAGGAUUUACUGUGGAGCUGUGACUGAGUGAGGAAACACACUGACUGUAGUAAUAUGAGCCCAAGACUGGAGGUUCUGUCUGAACUAACCUGACCUGCACUAUGCAUAGUGAGACCACAGACAGACUAGCGCAACAGUAGCUCUACUCUAGUUGUAGAGCUGAGGAUAGUUUGUCACUAAAUUGUAUUUCCACCUUUUCACCUUAGGGAACAUGGCCUCACAACAAUGUACAACACAUAUGAAUAUAGUGUAUGAAACAGUUGAUUUAAAAGUAUAUUCCACUAUACAACUGAUUAAUCUUCAAGCACACAAUUUUGGAGGACUCCUGAGAUAAAUAGAAUGCAGUACAAGUUAUUGGGCCGUGUACAUGGUGCUGAAGUGUGUGUGUGUGUGUGUGUGUGUGUGUGUGUGUGUAGUUGCAGGACGAGGAGCGGCGGAGGAAGCAGCAGCUGGAGGAGAUCCGUAAGCGCGAGGCAGAGGACCGGGCCAAACAGGAGGAGGAGAGACGCUGGAGAGAGGAGGAGAGGGCCAGACGAGAGGUCAAUGAGAAGGUACACCUACCUGACAGGACCCACAGAACCACGUAUACAUGCACUACACAGUUCUCACACAGCAUAUAGCUAGCGAACACAGAGCUGGUUAGAGAGGUGCUGUCAAAACAUGAUUUCUCAUUUAUGUUCUUGCAGGUGAACAUGAUACAUUUCUAUUAGUGAUUUCUGUUCAGUCUGACUUCAAUACGGUUAUUAAAAAAUAUGAUAUGAAUAUUAAUGCGAUAGACCGCAAUGAAAUCCAGAUGCUUGUAUUGCACACAGCUGUCUUUCAGUAGUUCGUUGUUUAAAAAAAAAUUAAAGCUGGUUAAGUUAUGUGAAAGGAUUGAUGUCAUUGCCAGCAGAGCAGAUUAAAGCAAAAUGCCCCAGUCAGAUCUAUUAGCAGAGGACAUCAGAGUAACAGAGUGAAAACCCAGAGAGCGUCUUACCUGCACGCUAAUUCUAGUAUUACCCAGUGGGGAUCUGCCCAGCUAAUUGUAGUUUACCUCAUGAAACAAAACAGCUCACCAGCAUAAGAAAACAAUUACAUAGUGAAAGACAAAGACCGAUCUGUGGGACCACUUCCCUUCAGGGGUGGAAAGGGUCAACUGAGGUGGUCGUUUUUUAUCAAAUCUGCUAACAUCAGCUUUUUCAAGGUUUCUACUGUUCUGUUCCUGGUUGGUCGGUGUCCCACAGAGCUGUAAGUGAUCCUGUGUGAAGCGUUGUGAACACACCCCUCUACAAUGAACCAGUCUGAGAACUGUGAAGGGGCCUGUGUCUGACUGGGUUUUAGGAACAUAAGAGGAAGCCAGUAGAGCAGUGAUUAGUGAUGGAAGUAGUACCAAGUGUUCUGUGUUUAGGGGAAGUGUUAUUGGGCCAGAGAGCAGAGGGCCUGCGGCCAGGGAGUCUGCAGACAGACAGACAGGAUGCUGACUUAUCUUAAUGAAGCCUGGUGUUGUUUGGUCUGUCAGAGGCUAAGCAUGUUUUUGGAUCACUGAGUGUUUCGUGUCCUCUGUCCCAGUUAGUUACAGAGUCAUUGAAUUACCAGUGGUCUGAGAGCAGCAGCACACCUUCAUCUUGCCUUGUGUGACGUUGUUACAACAUCCCAGUGCCAUUUUGUUUUCCCUGAGUUACCAUUGAUUCAGCUGUUGUUUUCCUGUGAGUCAUCCUCAGACCACUGGUAAUUGAAGCCCUGUAAUAAUGGCAAUGAUGUCCAACUGCAUGUCCUCAUGAUUGUCCCCUUCCUCUGUGUUAUGUAUGGAUGUAUGCAUGUAACCCUCCUACCCCCAAAAAGCAUGGGAUUCACUUUUUGUUUAUGGAAUUGUAUGUUUGUUGGGAAGCCAUAGUCAUUCCAUCAGGUACUGCUUUGGAACUGCUGUUGGAAUGCCCCACCCUUGCUGUGGUUUGUGGUGGCCAUACCAGAGUACAAUACAUCAUAUCUGUUCCCCCACCAUCAUCUCAUCGAUGACAUAUACCUACCCACCACACACACUAACCCAGGGGAUCCAUGUACAGAAUCCAGAGCCGACCAAUCUCUCUCUUUCUAGCUGGUCCCUUUCCAGAGUUAAAACCGUAGAAUCCCUCAAAGAACCCUGAAUUGGAGUCGUCAAGCCUAUCAGAUCACUUGACUGUAGUCUAACCCAAACCACUUCAAACUGUUGGCCCCAGCUAAGUCUCUAUAUCCCUCCUCCUUCUCAACACAGCAUGGAGGGAAGGAGAGGAAAAACACAGCACAUUUACAUUGACAUUUUAGUCAUUUAGCAGACUCUCUGAUACAGAGCGACUUACAGGGUUAAGUGCCUUGCUCACGGGCACAUCGGCAGAUUUCCACCUAGUCGGCUCAUGGAUUCGAACCAGCGACCUUUCUAUUACUGGGCCAUCGCUCUUUACUGCUAGGCUUCUGUACUAAGGUAUUACAGAACCCAGUACACACAAAGUAGUCUCCCCCACCUCACACACAUAGACAUACAGACACAUAGUGGACAGAUAAGGUGGAGGACUUGUCUGGGUGUCUUGUGGCCAUGGGUAGCCUCCCUCCACCAGAGGCGGAGUGAGUCAGGUCCAGCCAGCCAUACCUUGGAGGUGAGAGUAGGCCACACUAACAGGCUCUUCCCAUUCCCUAUUCCCUUAGAGGAGACAGGAGGAGGAAUACUACACACGCCUGGAGGAAGGGCGGCGCCGGCAGCACGAGGAGGCCGAGCGCAAGCUGCUGACGCCUGACGAGCCUGGUCUGUACAGACCUCCCCUCCCCAGGGACUACCAGCCUCAGCCCCCCCCUCCCACUGCAUCCCCCGCAACCACUGCCACUAACGCUCCACCACCCCCGCCUCAGAGAAACACUUCCUACCUCAAAACCCAGGUCGUCUCCCCUGACACCUUGUACACUGCCAAGUUUGUCUCGUACAAUGACGAGGAGGAGGAGGACGUUACAGGCCUAGCAGGUCAGGUUAAGCUCUCCGCCACCAGGAAGUCCUAUGGCGACCUCCCGCCCGCACACAAGCCGCAGCCGACUGCGCGCAAGCCCCGUCCUAUGUCUGAUGGGAUCUUUCUGUCCAGCUCAUUCCAGCCGCCGGCUGUCAAUGCCAACAGUACUGCAGGGCAGCCCCCUCCCCCUCCCAUCAAACCCAGCCUCAGCUUCAUCCCGACAGGCAACUCUAAAGGUAGACACAUAAAGGAGAGAGGACACACCUCCCGUAUACCUCCCACUCCAUAUCUCUCAUUCAUUCAUUCGUUCAUGUUUUUUGUGUUAUAUUUUUGUGUUCGUUUUUCCACGUUUUUCUUGGAUAGAGGCGUUCUGGCUUCCAUUUCCCUUUCUCUCUCUCUUUCUCUCCCUCUCUCUAUCAACAAUCCAAUAGAUCUGUAUUGUAGUUGCCAAUCAACUUGUAAUUCGUUUUUUUCUCCCGCCAUCUCCCAUCAGCCAUCAUUUUGUGUUAUAGUUUGUUGUCCUCUUUUUUGGGGAAUUUCCACUCCUCCGCUAGCAAAUCAGAUUCCAUUUUUUUUGUUUUUCCCGAUCCUUCUGUCAGAAAAUGUCCUCUGUCCUCACCCAUUCCUCUUCCUCCAAUCAUCCUUCUAGCGAGUAAAAGCAAUCGAUAAACCAACCAACCCGUGAUUCCCUGUGAUAGCACUACAGAUAUCCAAUCAUAGUACUGUUGGUGUUGCCGCUCCACGCCCACCCGCUCAUGUGUGUUUGGUUUUGCUGAGGGGGUGGCCUGCCGCCCGCUGGCCCACCUGCCUCCCGCCUGCCCAGCCCCCCCCCCCCCCCCCCCCCCCCCCGCGGGCCCCACGGCUGCUUGGUGGUGGUGUUGGCUUUAAGGAACACUGAGACACUCGCUUCUUAUCCAUCACACGGUCACUGGGGUGGGACCUGAGAGGAGCAGCUCUCUCUAGGCUCACUUGCACACUUGGCAAAGGGGAAAAGAUCUGUUGAGUGAGGCAUUGUUUUUGUCUGUGGCUGUUUAAAGCUCUGUCAGGGCUCCAAACCAAUCACUGAUUAGAUUACUGAGAAGUACUGAUUCACUUUAAUCUAAUUAUAUGGUCUUCAUCUAUGGCACAAUGUAUUCUGUUUUCAAGCCUUUAGUGACCCCUACUGACAAAAGUGGAAACUUUAUGUUACUUUCAUCAACAGCUGGAACCAAUUACAUACUAUUUUAUAAGUUAUUAAAACAGUAUUUAUGUUUUCAUAAAUUGUUUAAAGAUUAGCUUUGUUUUACAUUUUAGGGAUAGUCUGUAUAUUUUUGGUCAACAAACCACAAUAAUUAAAGACUCUUGGUGAGAACAGAAUUCAAAAGUGUAAUCUCUAUUUUAUGUUACUCUAAACACUACAUUUUCAGUGUUUCAUUGUAAGCCAUAGCAUAGUCUACUGUAGUUUAUAAGGAUCUUAUAAGAUAGAUUUCCAAAUGAGAAAUGCUGUAAAUAACUUAAUAAUAUUCACCAUUGACAGGAAUCGCAGGAUUGUGCCUUUUAAUUUUUGAGACAGAUGAGUCUGUUGGUACAUGGACACUUUAAACAGCCAUGGAGAAAAGAUGCAAGUAAUGCAACACAGUCUAACAGAGUCAAGAUGUUCAGUGACUGUCACCCUGCUGCAUGUAACACCUGCACACAGCACCAGUGCCCCUCCCCUACCCAGUAUGGAUGAUGAUGUCUGGGCCUUUUGUUAAUGUGUUGCAUUCCUCACUCAAAUUGAGAGACCAAUCACUAACCUUGCUAUAACCCCACAUCAACAUAAUCUGCAAACCGCCUCCCUCCGUCACACGCCUCCCUGCGCUGAAUCAAUCGACCUGAUAUCCAUUAAUAUCUACUGCCUCUGCUGCUUUGCUCUCCUCCGUUCAGCGCUCAAGUGUUCUGUUCACUCCUCUUUUUGUCUGCUAUGACUGUUCCAGUCUUCGCCCUGUCUGUCUGCCUGUCUGCCAUGUCUCUGUUUUUGUCGAUCUCAUCUGGUCUGCCCUGUCUGUCUGUGGCUCUGGCUGUCCCGUCAGUCUGUCUGUGUGUCAGUGACAUUGUCUAACGCUGCUGCUUACCACUACCACCUCCUCCUCCUCCUCUCAGAGGGCCAUGCCGUGGUACAGGUGACCCGUCUCCACCUGAAUCACUGGCUUCCUCUGUUAACCACAAUGCAUUCAGGCAGAUGAAUCCACUGGCAGCAUCAAGGAGAAGGGCAACCCAGCUCUCUGAUAGAUUAGAUGUCUAGCCAAAGGUUUUAACAUUCUACCUCCUACUCCACUUUAUCUUAAAAGAAUAUCAGCAAAAUCUGACUAAUGUGAAUAUUUGGAGCCAGGUGUAAGGAAAGGAAAACAUUAUCCAUGGCACAAGAAUAUAGAAAGACCUUUGGUUGACUUUUAUGCAUUUUUAGGGGGGGGGGGGGUUCAGAAGGUGUUGUUUUAGCUCAGGGGACAGACCGAUCUUGGAUAGGUACCAACUUAUCAACCAGUCUGUAGACUCCGAGAGCCUGUUCUGCACCAGAAGAACUUGACCCUGCCAGUGGAGUCCUGCCUCAGUUCACACAUGUAAAUGUCUUUGUGUCUGCCCUUUUAUUCCCAGUUUCAUUCCAUUUAAAACAAAGAAAACAAACUCGACAUGCAUUUGAAUGUUGGUUGUGCUUCCACGCACAGACACAGCAUGUUGGAACACAACCAGUAAGAUUCUAGUAGUGGAAGUUCUGGGUUAGUGUGAGAGACAGCAGGCCCUGCGCUUGCCUUGCCCGGACACACACGGACACGUGAGCUUACUGAUGAAUGCCUACUGUGGGUCAGAGGUAGAGGUCACAUGGGGGUCAAUGGUGUUGGGUUAGAAGUUAGAAUGCCAGUUAGGAUACCAAAUCAGUCCUCAUUCAGGCACCGGUGGCUUUGAUGAGCUCCUAGCUAACAUCCAGUGGUUUUUAAGUAAAGUUUAUCUUGGGUGCUACAUGACUUAGUGGUUGACCUCCACUUUUGAUCCCACACACUUGUUUCACAGACCCUGCUGCUUCAGGCGUGCCUUGGAAUGCACUAACGCUAUUCAGUCAGCUAAUCUAGUCCCUGCAGCUUGUUUUGGUCUGUGGAAAAAGCACAGUUUGUUGUAUAAUUUGAACGUGACUGAAAAGUUGCUGGGUACAGAUAACAGUCAUAUAUAUAUAUAUAUAUAUAGCCUGGACUGUGACUUGGCAACAAUUUACAGUUGACACGGUGUUAUGUCACAAUAACUUUGCAUUGGUGUGCAGUACUCUUUGUGUACUGAAGCAGGUAAAUUACUCCCAGGGAAAUAUAUUGUUAAUAUAGAGAUGUUAUACACAAAUAAGUUAUGUACCCAGCAGCUUUUUAAAAAAUGCUAUCGGUUUAAUCUGCCAACAUGGUGCAAAACAAAAAUUGUUAAUUAACUAAUGUGCUCUAUUUCCCCAAUUAAUUAAUGAACACAGGAUUUAUUUCAUACACUGGAAACACAACAGGGGUUGUAGGAUCAGGAGAAGUUUACAAGGACCUGCGAGAGAAGUGGACGAAAGGGUGAGGCCUGCCAUGCAUCUCUCUUUAUAAACACAACAUUCAACUGGGUCAGAGGAAAUACUUUUAGACUGAACGAGGGACCAUAAGAAACUGAGACAUUGUAUAUAGGAAUUCUCAGAACUCACAACGUUGUACAGUAUAUGUUUGUCAUAUUGUGGUUGCUUUUCUCAUUGCAGUGGUCAAGAACAGGAAAACACUAUAACUGAAGGAGCCCCGGAGAGUAUGACCUUCAAGGAGCGCCAGCGGCUCUUUUCCCAAGGGAAGGAAGUGUCCAACAAAGUCAAGGCCUCGCGAAAACUCAUGGAGCUGGAAAAUGAACUCAAUACAAAGUAG